GUCAGCGUUCCCGGCCUGGACGCUUGGGCUGGAGGGACUGCUGUCAGGAGGAAAAACAAAACUACACGGCGCACGACUGGCCUGUAGUUUUGUUUUUUUUUGGGGUGCCUUCCAGGCUCAGCUGUUCUCCUUUUGGAUUUUCUCUCCACGUUUUCUGGAUAAAGGGCCGAGACCCCUGCAGAGCGCCCGGCCCCGGGCUCCCCAGGCAUCCUUGACCCUACAAGGUGCCGAUCAACAUGUCAACUCAGGCGCCGACGUUCACACAGCCGCUACAGAGCGUCGUGGCACUAGAGGGUAGUGCUGCGACGUUCGAGGCUCAAGUUAGUGGUUCUCCAGUUCCUGAGGUGAGCUGGUUCCGUGAUGGCCAGGUUCUUUCUGCUGCUGCUUUGCCCGGCGUUCAGAUCUCGUUCAGCGACGGCCGCGCUGUUCUGAGGAUCGUCGCCGUGAGCGCCGCACACAGCGGGAGGUUUUCUGUCAGAGCCACAAACGGAGCCGGACAAGCCACGAGCACCGCGGAGCUCCUCGUUACAGCUGAGACAGCGCCUCCAAACUUCCUCCAGAGACUUCAGAGUUUGACGGUGAGACAGGGCGGCCAGGUGAGGCUGGACGUCCGAGUCACAGGAAUCCCGACUCCCGUGGUCAAGUUUUACAGAGAAGGAGCUGAGAUCCAGAGCUCGACCGACUUCAGGAUCCUCCAGGACGGAGACCUGUACAGUCUGAUGAUCGCUGAGGCCUUCCCAGAGGACUCUGGGACGUAUUCUGUGACCGCCACCAACAGCAGUGGACGGGCCACGUCCACCGCAGAGCUGCUGGUCCAAGGUGAGGAAGCUGUACCGACUAAGAAAACCAAGACUAUCGUGUCCACAUCCCAGAUGGCGACUUCUUCCCAGACCAGAGUGCAGAGGAAGGUGGAGUCCAGCUUCCAGGCCACCGCCAUGAUGGAGAUGCACACAGAAGCAGGAAUGAUGACUCAACAUUUAGCUCACAAAACCCCCCCGAGGGUUCCUCCGAAGCCGACCUCCAAGUCCCCCCCGUCCCUGGUUUCCAAGGUGACAGGAGGACGCCAGCAGUCCCCUUCCCCCGUCAGACACGUGAAGGGACCGACGCCGGCGCCCGUCAGAUCCGUCUCCCCCUCAUCCAGACUGUCCGUCUCCCCCAUCAGACCCGUCAAGUCUCCCAUCAUGACCAGGAAACAGGUUUCUGCCUCAAUGGAGGUCCUCCCUCCCUGGAAACAGGGGGAGUACGUGGCUGAAGGCGGCUACACCAGCAUGACCAGUAUGACCGGCAUGACCAGUAUGACCGGCAUGGCCAGUAUGGCCAGUAUGAGCAGUAUGAGCAGUAUGAGCAGUAUGGCCAGUAUGAGCAGCGCCACCCAGAUCCACACGGAGAAACACUGGGAGCAGCAAGUGGCCUCCACCCGAGAGGCUGAGGGGGGGGAGAAAAAGGCCGAGGCGGUGGCCACAGUGGUGGCUGCCGUUGACCUGGCUCGCAUCCGCCUCCCGGUGCAUGGGGAGGGUGGUGAGGAGGUGCAGGAGGUGCAGGAGGUGCAGGAGGUGCAGGAGGUGAAGCAGCGAGCGGUCCGGGUGGCUCAGAUACAGAGCCAGACCCAAACCUCCUCCCACGUGGAUGCUGACGUCGUCGCUCCGUCUCCGCUUCCACAUUUCACAGUUUCUAAAGUUUCUGUUCCCAAACACGAGCCUGGCUGCGAGGUGUCCAUCGCCGGCUCCGCCAUCGCCACGCUGCACAAAGAGCUGUCCUCGCCGUCCUCUCCCCGGAGGAUCAUAAAACCUGUCAAGUCUCCGAGUCUGUCCCGCCGCUCGAUGGAGGUGCGAGCGCCAUCAGAGCCACCACCGUUCAGGGACAUCAGAUACCUGAGUCAGGUUGAGGGCGGGGCUUAUGCAGUGAGUGAGGAAGAGUUUGAGGACUGGGAGCCUCAGGAGGCAGCGGCGGUUCCCACCAGAGCCCAGGAGCCCGUGGUUCCUCCCACUCUGAUAGCCGGUUUAAAGAACCUGACGGUGACGGAGGGCGAGUCGGUGACUCUGGAGUGCCAGAUCAGCGGUCACCCGGCCCCUGUCAUCAUGUGGUUCAGGGAGGACUACAAGAUCGAGGCCUCCUUCGACUUCCAAAUCAGCUACGAGAACGGAUUUGCCCGGCUGGUAAUCCGCGAGGCGUUUGCUGAAGACAGCGGCCGCUUCACCUGCACGGCCACCAACGAGGCGGGAACCGUCAGCACCUCCAGCUACCUGCUCGUCAAAGUGUCAGAGGAAAUCGAGAGCAGAGAGGAGACGACGGCUGUGACUGAAGUUGGGAUUAAACAAACGAAAAUUGUUGAGAUGAAGGAGCAGGUGGUGGAGGAGGUGGCCGCAGGAGAAUCCGUCGCUCCCUUCUUCAUCAGGAAACCCAGCGUCCAGAAGCUGGUGGAGGGAGGAAGCGUUGUGUUUGACUGUCAGGUCGGAGGAAACCCUAAACCUCACGUGAUAUGGAAGAAGAGCGGCGUACCGCUCACCACUGGAUACAGAUAUAAAGUUGCCUACAAGAAGGAGACUGGAGAGUGCAGACUAGAGAUUUCCAUGACCUUCGCUGAUGAUGCUGGAGAAUACUCCGUCUUCAUUAAGAAUCCUCACGGAGAAGCGUCAGCCUCCGCUGGCCUGCUGGAGGAAGAGGAAUAUGACGCGUACAUGAAGCAGCAUGAUGUCACGUAUAAAACAGAAGUGACAACAACGGUGGUUCAGGAACCCUCUGUGGUCGUGACUCAGUACGAGCUGGAGCAGAGGAGGACGACGACUCCAAUGAGCUUCGUCUCAGAAACGGAGUUCCUCAUUUCAGCAUUUGAAGAGAGGAUCAUCCAGGAGAUCGAGCUUCGUAUCAUGAGGAUCACCUACAGAGAGCUGAUGGUUGAGGAUGGAGAGCUGGUGGUGACUGUAGCCGAGGAGGAGGCCGUUCAGCCGGCCUUUGACACACCAGUCAAAAACUACAGGAUCGCGGAGGGAAUGGGCGUCACGUUCCACUGCAAGAUGUCUGGAAGCCCACUGCCGAAGAUUGCCUGGUACAAAGAUGGUCAGCGCAUCAGGCCUGGAGGCCGCUACCAGAUGGAGGUUCUCCAGGACGGACGAGCCAGCCUACGUCUGCCUGUCGUGCUACCGGAGGAUGAAGGCGUGUACACCGCCUUCGCCACCAACAUGAAGGGAAACGCCGUCAGCUCUGGGAAGCUCUACGUGGAGCCGUCUGGAGCUGUAACACCUCAGAGAUAUACACCACAGCCGGCAGUGCAGAGGAUCAGGUCCACAUCUCCUCGUUCUCUGAGUCGCUCACCUGGACGUUCUGCCAGCCGUUCUCCUGCACGUUCUCCGGCCCGACGGCUCGAUGAGACCGACGAGGCUCAGCUGGAAAGACUCUACAAACCCGUGUUCGUCAUGAAGCCUUCUUCAAUUAAAUGCUCUGAGGGGCAAACAGCCAGAUUUGACCUGAAGGUCGUCGGCAGACCGAUGCCAGACACAUACUGGUUCCACAACGGACAACAAGUGGUCAACGACUACACUCACAAGAUAGUGAUUAAAGAGGAUGGUGUUCAGUCCCUGAUCAUCGUCCCGGCCAUGCCACAGGACUCUGGAGAGUGGACGGUCGUCGCUCAGAACAGAGCUGGACGGACGUCUGUCUCUGUAACUCUUAAUGUUGACGCUCGUGAAAGCCUGGCACGUCCUCAGUUCACUAAUAAGCUGAAGAACAUCACAGUGAAGCAGGGCACCCUGGUUGAACUGGCUGUCAAAGCCAUUGGAAACCCCCUGCCUGACAUCGUCUGGCUGAAAAACAGCGAUAUUAUCACUCCACAGAAACACCCACACAUCAAGAUUGAAGGAACGAAAGGAGAAGCCAAAUUCCAGAUUCCCUCAUCAGCCGGCUCUGACAGUGCCUGGUACACUGCUACAGCCAUCAACAAGGCCGGCAGAGACACCACGCGCUGCAGAGUCAACGUGGAGGUGGAUUUCACUGCCCCUCAAGCUGAGAGGAAGCUCAUCAUCACCAAAGGAACCUACAAAGCCAAAGAGAUCGCAGCACCUGAGCUGGAGCCUCUUCAUCUGCGAUAUGGCCAGGAGCAGUGGGAGGAGGGCGACCUUUACGACAAAGAGAAGCAGCAGAAACCACAGUUCAAGAAAAAGCUGACCUCUAUCAGAAUGAAGAGGUUCGGUCCAGCUCACUUUGAGUGCAGACUGACUCCCAUCGGUGACCCCACCAUGGUGGUGGAGUGGCUACAUGACGGCAAACCACUGGCUGCUGCUAACAGGCUGCGUAUGGUCAAUGAAUUUGGUUACUGCAGCCUCGACUAUGAAGUUGCUUACGCCAGAGACAGCGGCGUCAUCACCUGCAGAGCAACCAACAAGUUUGGAGUCGACCAGACCUCGGCAACCCUGAUCGUCAAGGACGAGAAGGGUCUUGUGGAGGAAACACAACUUCCUGAAGGAAGAAAGGGAACGUACAGGAUGGAUGACAUUGAACGCAUGGCUCAUGAAGGAGGACCUGCUGGAGUCAGCACCGAUGAGGAAAGUGAAAAGACAAAACCUGAGAUUGUCCUUCUUCCAGAACCAGCCAGAGUCCUGGAAGGAGAUGUUGCCCGAUUCCGCUGCAGAGUGACCGGUUAUCCAGCACCAAAGGUUAACUGGUACCUGAACGGACAACUCAUCCGCAAAAGCAAGAGAUACCGACUUCGUUAUGAUGGUAUUUACUAUCUGGAGAUUGUCGACAUCAAGUCCUAUGACUCUGGAGAGGUCAGGGUGGUUGCAGACAAUCCUUUAGGCACAACAGAGCACACUGUGAAGCUGGAGAUCCAACAGAAGGAGGAUUUCAGGUCCGUACUGCGUCGGGCUCCAGAACCGAAGGCUGCUGAGGCUGCACACGAGCCUGGCAGAGUUGGAUUUGACGUCGUCAAGGUGGACCGUCCUGGCGAGACCGCACAGGACAGAGAAGUUGUCAAGCUGCGUAAGACACAGAGAAUCGUUCAUGAGAAAACCACUGAGGAAACAGAGGAGCUGAGGAGCAAAUUCAAACGCAGAACAGAGGAAGGUUUCUAUGAGUCCAUCUCCGCUGUGGAGUUCAAAUCUCGUAAGAGGGACGACUCCUAUGAAGACCUGCUGAAGAAGACGAAGGAGGAGCUUCUCCACCACUUGAAAGAGAAAGAAGAGGCAGAAAGAAAGAGACUGGAGGAACAAGGACAAGUCACCAUACCCACAAUCAAACCAGAGAGAGUCCAGCUCUCCCCAAGCAUGGAAGCUCCCAAGAUCCUGGAACGCAUCACAAGCAAGACCGCUGCUCCGAUGGACGAGGUUCGCUUCAGAGUCAGAGUUGUCGGCAGACCAGAACCAGAGUGUCAGUGGUUCAAGAACGGCAUCCAGCUGGAGAAGACUGACCGGGUCUACUGGUACUGGCCUGAGGACCACGUUUGUGAGCUGGUGAUCAGAGACGUCACAGCAGAGGACUCUGCUAGCAUCAUGGUCAAAGCUGUGAAUGUCGCUGGGGAGGCCUCUAGCCACGCCUUCCUGCUGGUGCAAGCUAAGACAGCGAUUACCUUCACCCAGAAUCUGGAGGACACCAACGGUAAUGAGAAGGACACCAUGGUGACCUUUGAAUGUGAAACCAAUGAGCCUUUUGUUAAAGUCAAAUGGCUGAAGAACAAUAUGGAGAUCUUCUCUGGAGACAAAUACAGGAUGCACUCUGACAGGAAGGUCCACUUUCUGUCUGUGCUGAUGAUUGAAAUGAAGGAUGAUGCAGAAUACACUUGCGUAACUGUAGAGGACGAGAACGUCAGGACCAGCGCCAGGCUCCACGUAGAAGGUGCUGCCCUGGAGCUCAUCAAACACCUGGAGAACAUCGAGGUUCCUGAGACAUACGCCGGAGAGUUUGAAGUGGAGCUCUCUCGUGAAGAUGCCGAGGGCAGUUGGUUCUUUGGAGAAAAGGAACUCUCUCCCAGCAGUAAAUAUAUCAUGUCCUCCCGACGAGGAAGACACUCUCUGUCCGUAAAGGAUGUCAAGAAGGAGGACCAGGGCAAAUAUACCUUCGUAUGUGGAGAUCUGAGAUCCAGUGCCUCAUUGAAGAUGAAACUCCGGCCUGUGACCCUGAUGCAGCCUCUGACCGACCUCACGGUCUGUGAGGGGGACAUCGCUCAGCUGGAGGUCAGGUUUUCCCAGGAGAACGUGGAGGGAACCUGGAUGAAGAACGGCCAGGCCAUCUCUGCCUCCGACCGUGUCCACAUCGUCAUUGAUAAACUCGUCCACAAGCUGCUGGUGGAGAACGUCAGCAGAGACGAUGCUGCUUCCUACUCCUUCGUUGUUCCUGCUCAGGAUAUCUCCACCUCAGGAAAACUCAACAUUCAGACUAUCGACAUUGUGGUGCCGCUGAAGGACGUGUCCUCCAUUGAAGGCACCAAAGCAGUCCUGGAGGCCAAGAUCUCUGCCCAGGACAUCAGCUCUGUCAAAUGGUACCACAACGACAAGCCUCUGACACCCAGCGACAGAAUCCACGCGGUGGCGAAGGGAGCCAAGCAGCGCCUGGUCUUCUCCAGGACCUAUGCCUCCGAUGAAGGACGCUACAAACUUGUGGUUGGCAAAGUUGACAGCAGCUGCAGCUUGACCAUCGAACAGGUCCACAUCGUGAAGCACAUGGAGGACAAAGUCUGCUCUGAGUCCCAGAACGUCACCUUUAACGUGGAGGUGUCUCACCCUGGAAUCGACCCAGUCUGGACGUUCAGGAACCAGCAGCUCAAAGCUGGACCCAAACACAAGAUGGAGUCCAAGGGGACGGCUCACUCUCUGACCAUCAUCGACACAAUGAAGGAUGAGGAGGGCCAGUACAUGUUCCACGCCGGAGAAAAGACUUCCAGCGCCAAGCUCACCGUGUCUGGUGGCGCCAUCACACGACCACUGCAGGAUGUUACGGUGGCGGAGUCUCAGACCGCCGAGUUUGAGUGCGAAGUCGCCAACGCCAAUGCUGAGGGCCGGUGGCUGAAGGAGGGCCAACCUGUGGACUUCAACGAGAACGUGGUGAGCCAAGUGAAUGGCGCCGUCAGACGUCUCGUCAUCGUCAUCACCAGACCACAGGACGUCGGAGAGUACACCUACCAGGUGGCCAACUCCAAAACCAUGGCUAACCUCAGGGUGGAGGCCGUGAAGAUGAAGAAGACUCUGAGGAACCAGACGGUGACGGAGACCCAGGAGGCUGUGUUCUCUCUGGAGCUGACCCAUCCGGACGUGAAGGGGUCCCAGUGGAUCAAGAACGGCGUGGAGCUUGAGAACAGCGACAAGUACGAGAUCACGUCGGAUGGCGUGGUCCACACACUGAAGGUGAAGAACUGCAACACCCAGGACGAGUCGGUUUACUCCUUCAAACUGGGGAAACUGUCGGCCAACGCCAGACUCAACGUGGAGACCAUCAAGAUUGUGAAGAAGAUAAAGGACGUGACAUCUCUGCUGCACGGCACCGCCUCCUUCGAAAUGAGCCUGUCCCACGACAACAUCCCCGUCAGGUGGAUGUUCAGAGGCACUGAGCUCAAGUCCAGCGAAAACUGUAAAAUUGUGUCUGAGAGGAAAGCUCACAAACUGACGCUGCAGAACGUCAACGACAGCCACGCCGGAGAGUACACGGCCAUAGUGGGACACCUACAGUGCAGCGCCACGCUCACCGUGGAGGCUCUGCGAGUCACCAAACCCAUGAAGAGCGUCGAGCUCCCAGAGACUCAGGUGGCCACGUUCGAGUGUGAAGUCUCUCACUUCAACGUCCCGUCCACCUGGCUGAAGGACGGCGUGGAGAUCGAGAUGAGCGAGAAGUUCAGGAUUGUGGUUCAGGGGAAACUCCAUCAGCUGAAGAUCAUGAACACCAGCACUCAGGACUCUGCAGAAUACACGUUUGUCUGCGGCAACGACCGAGUCUCAGCCACACUCACCGUCAGCCCCGUCCUCAUCACCUCCAUGCUGAAGGACCUGAACGCUCAGGAGAGAGACACCAUCACCUUCGAGGUCACCGUCAACUAUGAGGGAAUCACCUACAAGUGGCUGAAGAACGGCGUGGAGGUCAAGUCCUCGGACCGAUGCCAGGUCCGCAGCCGGCAGCUCACGCACUCACUCACCAUCAGAAACGUCCACUUUGGAGACGGGGGAGAGUACCAGUUCGUGGCCGGUUCCGCUGCCAGUGCUGCCAACCUGUUCGUGGAAGCUCGUUUGAUUGAAUUCACCAAGAAGAUUAAGGACAUAAAGAUCACAGAGAAGAAGAAGGCAAUCUUUGAGUGUGAGGUUUCUGAGCCCAACAUCCAAGUGAUGUGGAUGAAGGACGGACAGGAGCUGGACGCGUCCGAGGAAAGGUACAUUGUGACAGCUGAGAAGUUCGUCCACCGCCUGAUGAUCCAGACAGUCCGGAUGUCUGAUGCUGGAGAGUACUCGGUGGUGGCCGGGUCCAGUGUCUCCAAGGCUCAGCUGAUUGUGGAGGGUCGCGACAUCCGGAUCUCUGAACCAGCUGAGAGAGAAAUCACAGUUCUGGAGAAACACAGAGCAACCUUCGAGUUUGAGGUGAGCGAGGAUGAUGUGGAGGGUCGCUGGCUGAGGAACGGCGUGGAGAUCCAGUUCUCAGUGGAGGAGAGGUUUAACUACGUGGCGAUCAGGAAGCUGCACCGCCUCACCAUCUCUGAGACGUACAGGAGCGACGCCGGGGAGUACACCUUCAUCGCUGGCAAGAACAGGAGCACCAUGCACCUACGGGUCAACAUCCCAGAACCUCCUCAGAUCCUCCGUCACAUGGAGCCUCAGUCGGUGGAGGCUGGGAAGCCGGCUCGCUUCUCGGUGCAGGUGAGCGGCGUUCCUCCGCCACAGGUCUUCUGGUACAAGAACUCCCAGGCUCUGUCUCCAGGCUUUAAGUGCAAGUUCCUGCAUGACGGCGCCGAGCACACGCUGCUGCUGAUUGAGGUCUUCCCCGAGGACGCCGCCGUCUACAACUGCGAGGCCAAGAACGACUAUGGAGCCGCCACCAGCACCGCCGCUCUGAACGUGGAGGUGUCGGAGGUGGUUUCUCCAGACUCAGCUGCUACCGUCGCUCCUCCCGUUGUCAUCUCGCCCAUCGCCAGCACCUCCUGCCGAGAAGGGGAACCCGCUCGCUUCCAGUGCAGAGUCCGCGGAGACGAUGUGAAGAUCAGCUGGUUCCACAAGGAGAAGGAGAUCAAGCAGUCCGAGUUUUUCAGGAUGUCUCAGUUUGACGACAGCUGUCAGCUGGAGAUCUCCAGAGUUUACCCUGAGGAUGAAGGCGAGUACAGCUGCGUGGCCACCAACUGCGCCGGGACAGCAUCCUGCUCUGCCACGCUCAAUCUAGACGGGCUGAAUUUAGCGGUGGACCGUCCCGAGUCUCAGUUGAAGGUCUCCACCAGCGUGACCGCGCUAAAGAAACCGUCCGUUGGUCAAAAGCCGGUUUUCCUUCAUCCAGUCACGAGCUGCACGGUGCGACACGGCGAGGUCGCCCGUUUUCACGCAUGCGUCUCCGGCAUGCCGAAACCGGAGAUCAGCUGGUUCCAUGACCAGCAGCUGAUUCAGGCCACAACCAACGUAGUGUUUCACUUCGAUGAGGUGACGAACACCGCCACGCUCAUUGUAGUGGACGCUUUCUCAGAGCAUGCUGGCCAGUACACCUGCAGGGCGGCCAAUAGCGCAGGAGAGGCCGUCUGCUCGGCCACGCUCACCGUAACCACAGAGGAAGAAGAAGUGACUCAUGUGAGAGAACAGAUUGAAGCCAAGAUCGAGGAGGAAGUUAAAGAGCGUUGUAGCACCACCAUCACCACUGUGGAGGAACAAGAGGAAACCUUCUACACUGGUGUCCAGUUACCACAGAAAUCUAAAACACUUGAACUCAAGCCAGAGACCAAACGUUACUCUUCCACUUUAGAGAAGAAAAAAGAAAAACCAGUUUUCCUUAGCCAGCUCUCGCCGGCAGCUGUGACCUCUGGGGAAACAGCCAAGUUCACUGUCAAAGUGUCCGGCCUUCCAAAACCAACUGUCCAGUGGUCACACAACGGGAAGGUGAUAAAGAGCUCCUCUGUUUACAAGCUGAUAGAGGAGAAGGAGGAGUUUACACUGGUGGUCAUCAAGGUCACGUCUGAGUAUGAGGGCGAGUACACUUGCACUGCCACCAACAGGUUUGGUCAGACAACAUGUACAACAUACCUAGAGGUGAAAAAGCCUGAUGUGAGCCAAGCAGAGAAAUGGGUGGAGAAGAUGUUUAAGGUCACAGGUCAACCUCCAACUUUCACCGUUCAGAUUCAGCCCGUGAGGUGCUCAGAAGGAGGAGAGGUUUCUUUUAGCUACAAAGCCAGUGGUGAUCCAGUCCCUGAUGCUAAAUGGUUCAAAGGGGCUUUCCAGAUGCAGCCCAAUAGAAACUGCACCAUCAUGGCCAACCCAGAUGGAUCUGGCUUCAUCAGUAUUAAGAGUGUCAAACAGGAGGACAGUGGCUUGUACACGUGUAAAGCCUCCAACCAGUUUGGAGAAGCGACUUGUAGCGCUGAGCUUGUUGUGUUUAGAGAAUCAGUUUCUCGCAAACAAGAACAGCUGACGGUCAUCCAGAAGAAAGGUUACAAGGUUUCAGUGACAGAACAGGCGACAGAGUCUCGCUUGUACCAGGUGAGCCUUCCAGGCCAGGACAAAGCCAGGUCUGAUCAGAUGGUUUAUACCAUUGGCACUGAAGACAGGCAGAUUAUUCCCAGUGAGCAGGUGGGCUCCCUCCGAGAGAUUGAUGUUUCUGCUGCCACUAUUCACCGUGAGACAUUGACCCACCAGGCAGCGGUGCUUCACGCUCAUGAGAUGGAGGAGAGGGUGUCUGUGGUUCCCACUCACCCACCUCAAGUAUCAGCAGUUCCUGGGAAACAGCUUCACAUGGCGACGUUUACGUCGUCAGUCGAAGAGAGUCAGGAUCUCACGGAGCAGCACUGUGAUCGCAUUCAAAGUCCAGAGGUCACUGAGCUUCAGGCGGCUCGAGAGAAAAGGUCAAAGGUGAUGUCAGCUGUAGCUGAGGAGCUCACCACACUUUCUUCUGUUAGCACAGAGCCGCUGGCUGACAGGAAGUCUGCCACCAUCAGACCUACCGCAGAGCCCCAACAUCUGGUCAGUGGACAUCAAGUUGAGUCGCAACUGUCCAUCCUGAAGGAGCACUCACAGGACAUUCCCCAACCACAGCAGGAGAAGGGUUACAAGGUUAAAGAAGGUGUUAAGAUUUUAUACUCGGCCCAGUCUGCAGAGAAACGGGUGCUUUCUGAGGGCCACGCAACUGAAUUGUCAACAGAUAAUUCUGCUGUGAUGUUGUCCAGUAGCAAGGAAUAUCAUCGCCCUGCCAUGGCUUCAGUCAGCGAGUCUAAACAGACUCUUUCCAAGGAGACACAGUUCUCCAUGCAGAGGCCGUCUGAGGAGGCAGCCCAUCUCUGUACGGAUAAAAUAAUGAAAGCUGCUCUGACUGCUGAAGAGAAGCAAAUGCUGCAGGCUGAGCCCGUGCAGCAGCUGCUGAGCCUGGAUAGUGCCACCUCCAUUCAGUCACAGGUAGAAGGAGGACAGCUGCUGCAUCUACAGGUUAUCACAGACCAGGACCUCCUUCCAUCUGAGAAGACAUUCAUCUGUGAGAAACCUGCACCAGAGCAGGCAGGUUUCAGGAAGAGUCCCACUCUGCUACAUACUGUUAGCCAGGACGAGCAAAGGACAGUAGUUUGUGAGGACACUUUAGAGUUUGAGGCCAAGGCUAGCACCAUGACUGUCCAGCCCCAGAAAGAGGCCCCCACUCUGCUGCAUCUCCAGUCAACCCAGCCAGUAGAGGCUCUACCCAAAGAGGGUAUUCUCACAGUUGAGAAGCCUGACCAACAGGUGGCAGUGCAGAAACAAGAAAAAGCAAGGAGUCAUGCAGCCAUCUCCGAAGAGAGGAGGGAACUCACAGCAGAUUGUCAUUCAGAGUUGGAUCUGUCUGUGACUGGAGUUCAGUCUCAGAUUCAAACUGAACCCACGCCUCAGAACGUCCUCCAACUCUCCUUCCAGCCCAUGCAACUACCCAAAGAGACACCACUUGCAGUCGACGUCAAGCAUCAGCGGGCUUUGGUCCAGAAGGAGGAUCGCUGGAAUGUGAUGCACGCCACUAGUGUGGCAGACAGUCAAGCUCUAGAGGAGAGUCACACAGAUAGUUUAAUGGCAGUGGACAGUUUUACAUGCCUAAUGGCCGUAGAGCCAAGAGUGCCUUCCGAGCCGGUCCAGAUUGAGGAGAAGGAGAUCUCCACUGAGAAUAGUGUCCUCCUGGAGGCAGCGGAACAGGACUUUGCUGUCCAGAUCCAGGAGGGUCAGUCGGUCAGGCAAUCGAUAGUAAUGGACGAGAAGCGAGUACUGAGAGGUGAGAUCUCUCAAGAGAUCACAAAGUCUGAGUCCACCAAAGUCAGUGUAAGCAAACAGCCAAAGCUUUCCCUUAUGGUGCCGGAAUCUAAAGACAGCACCACUCUACCCAAAGAGAUGACCUUCAUGAUCCAGAUCCCUAAACCUUCCACCCUAAAUAUACGGCGUCAGCUCAGAGAGGCUCUCAUGUCCGCUGUGGCCAGCGACAGGCCCGUGUUACUGGCUGAUGUCGUAGGAAGCUUACAGGCUGUAGAGAUACAGGAGGUCAAGGUUCAAAGAGAACCCAAGCAAACCAAGUUUAUAUACCUGAUCACAACCACAAGUGCCCCCAUAGAGAUCACUCUGACUUUCGAGGGUAAUUAUCCACAAACAGCAGACCUAAGGACUGAACUCCAGGCAGCUCUCCAUUCAAUAGUUUACCAGGAAGCCCAGGUUCUUACUUCAGAACAGCCAGGCACCAUGCAGUUAGACAGACCUCAGCGGGUACAGGUCACCUCCGCCCACUCUAAGCAAAUGCUGUCCUCCGUGGUAGAAACGGUGAACGUGUCAGAGAGCACCAUGGAUUUCACUGCUGUCAAAGCUCAGGCUGCUGCACUUAAAACUGAGUCUAAAGUUGCAGUUGAAUGCGCUGCAGCAGGGCAGCAGGUUGUAGUGCAGGAAUCUGUGGAAGCAAGGGCAGAGCAGUCCAUCUCAACCCAAGUUAAAAUGUCCACAGAGACAUUUGAGCAGUCGAUUCAGGUGUUGAGGCAGGAGGUGAAGUCCAUCACACAAAAAAGCAAAGUAAAAGACAUGGGGGCAGCUCUUGUCACCGCAGUCCUGCCUCCCACUGCCAUCCCCAUGGAACAGGAGGGCAGCAUCCAGCAGGAGCACAGGGAGGAGAUGUUCAGAGAGGAGAUCUCAGUAUCCAGACCAGAGCUGAGAGAAUAUCCUGUGAUAGUCACUUCCCUGCAAGACUUAUUGAUAGAAGAAGAUAGUAAAGUCACAUUUAGCACAACCAUCAAGGCUGUCACUAAGGUAAACUGGUUUUUCAAUGGUCAACUGGUGAAAUCUGGCAAAGAGUUCAAGUGUUCCAGAGACCAUGACACAUACACACUGGUUAUCAACAAGGUUGUGAAGGAGAGGCAUCAAGGAGAAUAUGUGUGUGAGGCUGAGAAUGAAGCCGGCAGAACAACAACAUCUUCCAGACUCACUGUGGUCUCAAGAGUGCCGCCUGUUUUCAGGAAGAAAAUCACCCCUAUGGAGAUAAACGUCGGCAGUCAAGCCAAGUUCGACUGUGAGAUUGAGGAUGCUCCAGAUGUGACCUUCAAAUGGUACAAAUCUGGCUCUGAGAUCAAACACAGUGAGAAGUAUCGGAUCGUCAGCCUCCACUCAAGUUCCUCUCUGGAGCUGCUGAACCCUGUCAAAGCAGACAGCGGUGAAUUCACUUGCAAGGCUUCCAAUAAACAUGGCGCCGACAGCUGCACUGCCUCGCUCGUUGUCACCGAGAUGUACCCGCCAGUAUUUGUAUCAAAACCAGACCCAAUGACUUUGUAUGUGGGCAAACAAGCUGUGCUCCAGUGCUCGCUCACUGGAUCCUCUCCCAUGGAAGUUGUCUGGCACAAGGACAACAUAGCAAUCUCCUCUGACGGCAACUAUAUCACCAAAUGUGAAAAGAACAAGUAUGCCCUUCACAUUAAAAGUCUUGAGCUGACUGAUCAGGGAGUGUACCUGUGCAAGGCCUCCAACAGUGUUGGCACUGCUACCUUCUCCACAGAGCUCAAGGUCAUCAACAAGCCGAGCUUUGUUAAGACCCUUGAGCCGGCGUCAGCCGCUGUCAAUGACCCGCUGAGGCUGGAGUGCCAGGUGGACGAGGACACUGGUGUGACUGUCACCUGGACCAGGGAUGGCAAAAAAGUCCACCAGAGCAUGGAGUGUAAACUGUCCUUUGAGGACAAGAUUGCCAUUCUUGAGAUACCCAAGUCCAAACAGAAGGACUCUGGGAAAUAUGUGUGCACAGCCACAAAUGAGGCUGGGAGCUCCUCCUGUGAGGCUCUGGUAACGGUUCAAGAACCUCCUGAGUUUGUGCUGAAACUCCCUGCCGCUAAAUUUGUGAAGCAGGGUGAGUCACUCCAUCUGGAGUGCAAAGUCAGUGGCACAGCCCCCCUGAAAAUGACCUGGUACAAACACGACACCAAGGUCAUGGAUGGGGGCAACUGCAGGACCUCAUUUAUUGACUCGGUGGCAGUGCUGGAGCUGCUCUCCACCAGCUUUGAUGAUGAUGGAGUUUACACCUGUGAAGCUCAGAAUGAUGCUGGCAGUGUCAGCUGCAGCACCACACUUACUGUUAAAGACCCACCAUCUUUUGUCAAAGUACCUCAGCCCGUUGAAGGGCUGAAGGGUAAGGACGUGAGUUUGUACUGCGAGAUAAGCGGUACAGCUCCGUUCCAGAUCACCUGGUUCAAAGACAGGAAACCUCUGAUGGAGAGCAGGAAGUAUAAGAUGGUGAGCGAGGGCAGCUCUGCUACGCUGCAUGUCAUUGGGAUAGAGUCCUUGGACGCCGGCGAAUAUGAGUGCAAAGUGUCAAACAGUGUAGGAAGUGACACCUGCCAGACGUCACUUAAACUCAGAGAGCCGCCGUCGUUUGUGAAGAAACUGUCAAACAUGACGGUGAUACUGGGAGAGGAGGUGACCCUUGUGGCCACUGUAAAAGGCUCUGAACCCAUUACUGUGUCCUGGGUUCAAGACAAGGAUCACAUUCUCAGGGACGGUGACAACAGGAAAAUCACCUUUGAGAACAACCAGGUCGCACUUAAAGUCUUUAAAGCCGAUGCAACCACGGCAGGCAAAUACACCUGCCAACUCAGAAAUGAUGCUGGGAGUGUGGAGUGUUUCGCUAACUUGACUGUUCUAGAACCUGCUAAGAUCGUCGACAAGCCCGACGCUCUGAGCGUGGCGGCUGGCGACAUGGCUGCCCUGGAGGUCAAAGUGUGCGGAACCCCAGAGCUCGUGCCCAAGUGGUUCAAAGACGGCGUUGAGUUGGCGUCUGGGAGGAAGUACAAGAUCUCAUUCUCCCGGAUGAUUUCCAGCCUGAACGUGCUCUCAGCUGAGAAAAUGGACUCUGGAGAAUACACGUUUGAAGUUAUGAACGAAGUUGGGAAGGACCUGAGCAAAAUUAACCUCACUGUCUUAGAUAAGACGAUUCCCCCAACUUUCUCACGGAAGUUGAAGGACUGUAACGCAGUGUUUGGAACAAUGGGAGAGAUGGAGUGCAAAGUGUCGGGUUCACCACCGUUCACCAUCUCCUGGUAUCACGAUGAGCAGGAGAUUCAGAGCGGACCCAAUUAUGAGAUUUCCUUCAGCGACAACAACUGCAUGCUCAGAGUGCCGACUCUGAAGCUAUCGGACUCUGGAGUGUACAAAUGUAAAGCUGUGAACAAGGCCGGAUCCAGCGAGACCACAGCCUCCCUGGUCGUCAAAGAACCUCCAUCUUUCGUGGUUCCACCUCAGCCACUGGAGGCCAUGCCGGGCUCCAAUGCGACCUUCUCAGCCAUGGUCAAAGGCAGCGCCCCCCUCAAACUGAAGUGGUUCAGAGGAACUAAGGAGAUCCUGUGUGGACAUGGCUUUGAUUUCUCUCUGAAGGAUAACCAGGUUGUCUUGGAAAUUUUCAACAUUGACCGAUCUCAUGCUGGAGAAUACACGUGUCAGAUCAUUAAUGACGCAGGAAAGGAAAGCUGUCCAGUGAACCUCACCGUCAAAGAGCCGGCAGCCUUCUCCAAGAAGCUGAAGGAUGUGUCCGUUGAGAUGGGAAAACCAUUGAUGCUGGAGUGCGCUUACACUGGGACUCCCGAGAUCAACGUGAGCUGGUUCAAAGACGGCCAGCAGAUCUUUGCUUCAUACAAAUACAACAUCACCACGACAGAAAGCUCCUGUAUCCUGGAGUGUCUCAACACUGACGACAAGGAGGCAGCAGGACGAUACAGCUGCCAGGUGUCCAAUGACGCAGGAAAGGACACGUGUGAGGCUGAAGUGUCCAUCCUUGAGCCACCAUACUUUGUGGAAUCACUGGAGCCCAUGGAGGUGACGGCCGGUGACGCUGUGUGUCUGAAGUGUCAAGUUGCGGGAACUCCUGAGAUCAAAGUGUCUUGGUUCAAGGCCGAUGGCAAAGUCCGGUCCAGCCCCACCUGUAAGCUGGAGUAUUCCAAGGGCAUCGCUUGCUUGAAGCUCAGCAAAGCCACCAAGGCCGACGUCGGAGAGUACACCUGCAAGGCGGAGAACAGGAUUGGCUCUGCCUCCUCCACCUGCAAACUCAGUGUUCAAGAGGCCAAGACGCCGCCGUCCUUCCCCAAGAAGAUCACCAGCCUGCAGCAGACCGAGGGUCUGCCGAUCCGCUUCGAGUGCCGCGUUGCCGGCUCUUCGCCCAUCGAGGUGUCUUGGCUGAAGGACGGUGAGCCGCUGACACAGGGAGAUGAGUUCUCCAUGACCUACGACGAUAACACGGCUGUGCUGCAAAUCGGCCGCGGUGAGAUGAGGCAUUCUGGGGAGUACAGCUGCGUGGCCACCAACAGUGUGGGCUCGACGUCCUGCAGAGCCAAGCUCACCCUGCAAGAGCCCAGAUACCCUCCAGUCUUUGACAGGAAGUUGUCACCACAGGAGGUGACAGUGGGUGACAGCAUCGAGCUAGAGUGUCACAUGACCGGCUCCGCCCCCAUUAAAGUCACAUGGUCCAAAGACCAUAAAGAUAUUCGCUCUGGGGGUAAUUACAAGAUCACCUGUGAGGAAAGCACCCCCCACCUGACCAUUGUAAAGGCAGAUAAGGCCGACACAGGGAGAUACUUCUGCCAUGCCUCUAAUGACAUGGGAAAGGAUUCUUGUUCCUCUGAUAUCACUGUUAAAGAGCGUAAAAAUCCCCCUGUGUUCACUAAGAAGCCAUCGGAGCGCAUCGAGGACGUCGAGGGUAAACUGGUGAAGAUCGAGGGCCGAGUCUCCGGCUCACAGCCGGUGUCGGUCACCUGGUUCAAGAAUGAGCAGGAGAUCUCCAGCUCCGAUAAAUACGACAUCAGCUUCAAGAGCAAUGUGGCCGUGCUGUGCAUCAGGAGCAGUCAGGUGGCUGACAGCGGCAGCUAUUCCUGCCGGGCCUCCAACGAGGCUGGGACAGUGUCCUGCUCUGUCACUGUGGGCAUCUCAGAAGCCAAGAAGCCGCCGGUGUUUGACGUCCCUCUCAAAGCAGUGACCGUGGACGAGGGAGACAAGCUGAGUCUCAAAUGUCAUGUCUGCGGCUCGGAGCCUCUGACCAUCCAGUGGAUGAAGGACAGGAAGGACCUGACGUCGGCCGGCAGCACCAAGAUCAGCUUCUCUGACGGGACCGCCUGUCUGGAAAUCAGCCCGGCCUCUAGACACGAUGCCGGCGACUACCUGUGCAAGGCCACCAAUGAGGCCGGCAGCGAGUUCUGCAAAGCCAAGGUCACCGUCAAAGAGAAACCAGGAGCAGCUCCUCCUCCGGCUGAAGCUCCAGCCGCCGCUCCGAAAAAGAAACUGGACAAUCUGUUCUUCAUCGAGGAGCCCAAGACACAACACGUGACCGAGAAGGGAACCGCCACCUUCAUCGCCAAGGUGGGCGGCGACCCCAUCCCCAACGUGAAGUGGAUGAAGGGCAAGUGGCGGCAGAUCAACCAGGGUGGCCGGAUCUCCAUCGAACAGAAGGGUCAGGAGGCCAAACUAGAGAUCAGGGAUGUGACCAAGUCGGACUCAGGUCAGUACCGAUGCGUGGCCUCCAAUAAGCAUGGAGAGAUCGAGUGCAGCGCUGACAUGCAAGUGGAGGAAAAGAAGGAGGCGGCGAUGCUGGAAGGAGACCUUCGAGCCAAACUGAAGAAGACACCAUCGAAGCAGAAGAGUCCUCAGCAGGAGAAGGACAUCGACAUCGUUGAGCUGCUGAGAAACGUUGACCCCAAAGAGUAUGAGAAAUACGCCCGGAUGUACGGUAUCACUGACUACCGAGGCCUGCUACAGGCCAUCGAGCAGCUCAAGAAGGAGAAAGCAGAAGAAAGUGGAAGACCGGAAAUGGAACGUGGAGACAGAGAGUCUGAUGAAGACAUGGCUCGACUGGUGGCCGACCUGCAGAAGAGGAUGGAGCGAACCGAGCCCGUCACCGUGCUGAAGGACAUCUCCAAUCAGUCCGUCUUCACCAACAAGGAGGCCGUGUUCGAAUGUGAGGUCAAGAUCAACUACCCAGAGAUCACCCUGUCCUGGUACAAGGGAACCCAGAAACUGGACACUGGCGACAAGUAUGACAUCAGCAUCAGUGGCGACCGCCACCUGCUCCGCAUCAAGAAGUGUGAGCUGUCCGACCAGGGCAACUACCGAGUAGUCUGUGGGCCCCACAUCUCCAGCGCCAAGCUCGCCGUCAUGGAGCCAGAGGUCGAGAAGCACCUGCAGGACACAGCGGGUAAGGAAGGCCAGUCGUGUACUCUGUCCUGUCAGUUGUCCAUCCCUAACGUAGAGGCUCAGUGGUUUAGAAAUGGGAAGCAGUUAGAGAUGAAGGGCAGGUUCACAUCCGAGGUGAAACACAAAGUUCAGAAGCUUCUGAUCAGAGACCUGAAAGCUGAAGACCAGGGCAGAUACUCCUGCAGAUACCAGGACCUGGAGUCCUCGGCUGACCUGUGGGUGGAAGCUGAACAAAUUCAUUUCACCAAACGCAUCCACAAUGUUGAAGUCAACGAGCGCCAGUCGGCCACCUUCGAGUGUGAGGUGUCCUUCGACAACGCUAUCGUGUCGUGGUACAAAGACACCUGGGAACUGAAAGAGAGCCCUAAGUACAACUUCCGAAGCGAGGGCCGAAGACAUUUCAUGGUCAUAAGAAACGUGACCAUCGAAGAUGAAGGCGUGUACUCAGUGAUUGUGAGGUUGGAGCCCCGAGGAGAGGCUAAGAGCACAGCUGAGCUUUAUUUAUCUGGCAAAGAAAUUGAAUUAGCAAUGGUUCCCAUCGAUAUCCCAGACUCCUCAGUUCAGAGGCCUGAAGUGCCUUCAUCAGCAGCGAUCCAAGAAUCAUCUGAGUUCUAUCAGUACGAAGAAGAGAUUAAACAUAAAGAAUCUGCUGAAUAUUCGUAUCACUAUAAAGAAGAGGUGGAGGUGGAGCAGAGAGUGGAGUAUCAGAGUUGGACAGAGGAGAAGAUAACUCAGCAGGUGUCCACGUCCACAGCUGUCAGAGUUCCCAUCGAGGAGACAGUGGAGACCAAGAAAGUUGAAAUGAGAGAAGAAAUCCCCAAAAAAGUUCCUCACGCUGAGAAAAAGCCUGAAGAGAAGCCAACACCAGCAGUGAAGGAGCCGUCUCCUCCUAAAGCCCCAGAGGCCAAGAAGCUAGUGGAGGAAAAGGUUCCUGUAGUUUCGGUCCCGGAGAAGAAAGAAGUUCCUGCCCGUAAAGAACCAGAGGAAGUUAAGAAGCCAGAUGUUGCCCCUCCACCACCGGCCAAGAAGCCAGGCUUGCCAGAGAAAGAUGAGCCCAAGCCUCAGGCACCGGCAGAGACCAAAAUGGUUCCUGCAGCUAAGCCUGAGCCUGAAGCCAAGCCCAAGGCUGAGCCUGAACCAAAGCCUAAAGCUACAGUUGCCUCCAAAGCUGAAGCUAAACCUGCAACUAAGGAUGAACCGGAGCCAGAAGCCAAGCCGGCACCAGUGAAGAAGCCGGCGACUCCUCCAUCCAAAGUCCCCGAAGAGGCUCCCAAACCAGAACCAGUAAAGACCAAGCCUGAAGCUCCACUAACUAAGCCUGAACCAGAAAAAACAAAACCAAAGCCAGAACCAGAAAAACGGAAACAAGAACCAGAGAAACCAAAACCAGAAGUCCUGAAACCGGAGCCUCCUAAACCUGAAGCUGUGGUCAAGAAACCUGAAGCAGAGGCAGCGGUGUCCAAACCAGAACCUGCACAGACCAAACCAGAACCCCCAAAGGCAAAACCAGAACCCCCAAAGGCCAAACCAGAACCAACACCACAGGAACCUCAGAAGAAAGUACCCGAAGCUCCGACAAAGAAGGAGGUGGUCACUCCUCCACCUCCAGUCCCUCAGAAGGUGGAGAGGGAAGAGGAGGCACCACAGAAGAAGCCUUCGGCGGUUAAAGUUCCUGUGGAGGAAAAACCUCCUGAGCGUCUGAAAGUCGAUAAGAAAGAAGAACCUGCUGUUGUUCCUCCCAGAGAAGAACCAAAGACCGAAAAAGAUGAAACCAAGGGACCCGUCCAAGCACCAGGAGGAGUCAAGAAAGAGGGACAACCAGCAGAGGAAGCAGGAAGAGGACGAGGUAGAGGGCUGAAACCCAAGCAGACCCCGUCCCCUGGGGAAGGCCGUGGCCGUGGACUGAAACCUGGUGGAAAAGGUCCACCACCACCAGAUGAACCGUUUGGAGGAUUCAAGCUCAAAGCUGUUCCUCUGAAGUUCAUCAAGAAGCUCCAGGACAUCGUGCUGCAGGAGGCCGAGUCCAUCGGCUCAGCGGCUGUGUUUGAAUGUGAGGUCUCGCCCUCCACCGCCAUCACCUCGUGGAUGAAAGAUGGCAGCAACCUGCGUGAGAGCCCCAAACACAAGUUCACCUCUGACGGCAAAGAUCGCAAGUUGAACAUUAUUGAUGUGCAGCUGUCUGACACUGGAGAAUACACCUGUGUGGCCAAGAACGCUGGGAAGGAGAUCUCCUGCAUGGCCAAGCUCAUUGUUGAAGAGCUUCCUGUGAAGUGGAUCAAGGAGCUGGAGGAGGAGACGUCAUCUCUGAAGGGUCAGCCUCUGUACAUGACCUGUGAGUUGAACAAAGAGAGAGAUGUGGUGUGGAAGAAGAAUGGCCAGGUCCUGAAGAAACGUGAGGGCAAGGUUCAGAUCAAUGUGAUCGGCAUGCAGCACGCCGUGACCAUCCAGAACUCCACAGAGGAGGACGCUGGCAAUUACUCAUGUGAAGUAGCCGCCCAGGAGGAUGUCAAGACGACGACAAAUGUCAAAGUGAUUGAGAUUGUCAAAGACUGGAUAGUAAAACCACUGAGAGACCAGCAUGUGAAACCGAAGGCCGCCGCUGUCUUCAAAUGUGAGCUGUUCAAGGACACUCCCAAUUGGAAGUGGCUCAAAGGAGAGAACGAGAUCCCUGCUUCGGACAAGGUUGAGAUCAAGAAGGAAGGAAAGGAGUUGACUCUCACCAUCAAGAACUGUCAGCCUGAUGACGUAGCAGAGUAUGCCUUGGAAGUGGAAGGACGCCUCUACACAGCCAAGCUAACACUAGGAGAGCGGGAGGCUGAGGUCCUGAAGCCUUUGGCCAGCGUUGAGGUUGUGGAGAAGGAAAAUGCCGUGUUUGAGACGGAGAUCUCCGAGGAUGAUGUUCCAGGAGAAUGGAAGCUCAAAGGAGAGGUUCUGACCAGAUCCCCGACAUGUGACAUCCACAUGGAGGGUGGAGUGCGUCGACUCACCCUGAAGAACUGCCAGUUGGAUCAGGCUGGAGAAGUUUCCUACCAGGCACUGAACGCCAUCACCAACGCAAUGCUCAACGUAAAAGAGAUCGAGAUGGACUUUGUUGUACCACUCAAGGACAUUUCUGUGCCAGAAAAGAAACAAGCUAAGUUUGAAUGCUCCAUCACGAAGGAUGUCUCUAAGGUCAUGUGGUACAAAGGUUCUGACAUCAUCACCUCUGACCAAAAGUAUGACAUCAUCGAUGAUGGAAAGAAACACAUGUUGAUCAUUAACUGUUGUGAGUUUGAUGAUGAGGAUGAAUAUACGAUUGAGGUUCUGGGAAAAAAGUGCACAGCCAGACUCACGGUGGAGGGUAUCAGGCUCAAAUUUAUAUCGCCAAUAAAGGACCAAACUGUAAAGGAAGGGAAAACGGCUCGCUUUGAGCUGGAGCUCUCGCACGAGAACAUCCCUGUCACCUGGUACAAGAACGACGUCAAAAUCCACCCGAGCAGGACGGUGCUCACUCAGGUGGACGGAAAGAAACACGUCCUCGAAAUAAGAGAAGUGACUUUAGAUGAUACCUGCCAGAUUAAAGCAGAGGCUAAGGGGAUCCCCUCCAUGGCCAACCUGACGGUGAUAGAGGGCGACGCCUACUUCACCGUUAAGCUGCAGGACUACACUGCAGUAGAGAAAGAUGAGGUGGUUCUAGACUGUGAACUCAGCAAAGACGUGGAUGUCAUGUGGUAUCACGACGAGGCUGAGGUCAAGGCCUCUAAGAUGGUGGCCAUUAAAGCUGAGGGCAAACGCAGAACCCUUGUCAUCAAGAAGGUUGGAGACACAGACAAAGGACAGUACGUAUGUGACUGUGGGACGGACAAAACCAUGGCAACGCUUCACAUCGAAGCUCGUCACAUCAAGGUGGUUCGGCCGAUGUACGGCGCUGAGGUGUUUGACGGAGAGACGGCUCGAUUUGAGGUCGAGCUCAGUGAAGACGACGUCCACGGCCAAUGGAAACUGAACGGAGAAGUCCUCAGUCCGACCGCCGACAUAGAGCUGGUGGAGGACGGUGCCAAACACACUCUGGUGUUGUACAACUGCAAAGUGCCUCUGACUGGCGAGCUGGUGUUCACCGCCGCCAACGCCAAGUGUUCUGCCAACCUGAAAGUGAAGGAGCUCCCUGUCUCGUUCAUUACUCCUCUGGCUGACGUUCACGUCUAUGAAAAGGAUGAGGCAAAGUUUGAACUGGAGGUUUCUCGAGAACCCAAAAGCUUCCGUUGGCUGAAGGGAUCUCAUGAGUUGUCAAACGAUGACAAGUUUGAGCUCCAGGUGGAAGGAAAGAGACACACUCUCAUUGUUAAAUCUGCCCGAUAUGAAGAUGAGGCCAAAUAUAUGUUUGAGGCUGAAGACAAGAGAACAUCUGGGAAGUUGCUUAUCAAAGGUAUUCGCCUUGAAUUUAUCAAACCAAUUAAAGAUGUGACGGUGAAGGAGCGUGAAACUGCAGAGUUCAGCGUUGAACUCUCUCAUGAAAAGAUCCCAGUGGUUUGGUACAAAAACGACAUCCGUCUGCACCCCAGCAAGGUGGUGCACAUGUCGGAGGACGGGAAUGUCCACACCCUGGCUUUCAAGGAGGUCACCAUGGACGACACCUCCAUGAUCAAAGUGGAGGCCAUGGGCAAAACCUCAGAGGCCAUGCUCACCGUUCUUGAAGGCGACCUAUACUUCACAGCCAAGCUCCAGAACUACACCGCUGUCGAGAAAGACGAGGUGGUUCUGUCCUGUGAGCUGAGCAAGGCUGCCGCCGAGGUUCGAUGGUUCAAAGACGGUAAUGAAAUCUUUCCCUCCAAGAACAUUCUGCUGCAGUCCGAUGGCAAGAAGCGCUCACUGAUCAUCAAGAAGGCAUCCAAGAGCAACAUAGGAGCUUUCACCUGUGACUGUGGCACCGACAAAACCACGGCCAAGCUGAACAUCGAAGAGCGUGACAUCAAGGUUGUUCGGCCGCUGUACAGCGUGGAGAUCACAGAGACAGAGACGGCCAAGUUUGAGACAGAGAUCUCUGAAGAGGAUCUUCAUGGUACCUGGAAACUGAAGGGAGAGAUGCUCAUUCCAUCUGCUGAUGUGGAGAUCAAGGAGGAAGGGUCCCGCCACAUGUUGAUCCUCUUCAACUGUAAAAUGGACAUGGCUGGAAGUGUGGACUUUGCAGCAGCCAACGCCAAGUCAACAGCUCAGCUCAGGGUGAAAGCCCGAGUGAUCGGCCUGGAGAAGUCUCUGCACGAUGUCACUGUCACCGCUGGAGAGACCGCCACCUUUGACUGCGAGCUGUCCUAUGAGGGCAUCGCUGUCGAGUGGUUCCUGGGGGCUACGAAGCUGGAACCAAGCGACAGAGUGGUGCUGAAGGCCGAGGGUAAAGUCCACAGCCUCACUCUGCGCGAUGUCCAGCUGAAUGAAGCCGGACAGAUCAAACUCGUCACCAAAGACUUCCAGGCUGAAGCCAACCUCAUCGUCAAAGAGCCUCCGGUGGAGUUCACUAAGCCUCUGGAGGACCAGACAGUGGAGGAGGAAGCCACGGCAACGCUGGAGUGUGAAGUCUCCAGAGAGAAUGCCGAGGUCCAAUGGUUCAGGGAUGGACAGGAGAUCAGGAAGACCAAGAAGUACGAAAUGAUCGUUGAAGGUCGCAGGAGAGCACUGCUCAUCCAUGACUGCACUCUGGACGACUCAAAGACCUACACAUGUGACGCCAAAGACUUCAAAACCUCCUGCUUCCUCAACGUUGAACCUCCUCAUAUCGAGUUUGCGAAGCCGCUCCAUGACGUCGAGGUCCGAGAGAAGGAAUCUGCCAGGUUUGAAUGUGAAGUCUCCAGAGACGAUGUCAAAGUCCGCUGGUUUAAAGAUGGAAGUGAAAUCAGAAAGGGGAAGAAGUAUGAAAUUAUCGCUCAAGGACGACAACACAUCCUCAUCAUCCACAAGUCUGUGUUCGACGAUGAGGCUGAAUAUGAAUGUGACGCCAAGACCUCCAAAUCCUCCGGCAUGCUCACUGUCGUCGAGGAGGAGGCAAGGUUCUCCAAGAACCUGUCCAAUGUGGAGGGGACGGAGACGGACAGCGUGAAGCUGAUCUGUGAGGUGUCCAAACCCAGCGCCGAUGUUACCUGGUACAAAGGAGACGAGGAGCUGCCGGAGGGAGGACGCUUUGACCAGAUUGUAGACGGGAAGAGGAGGAUACUCCUCAUCCAAGACCUGAAGUUGGACGACGCUGGAGAGUACAACUGCAGGCUGACGCCGAGCAUCAGAACCUCCGGCAACCUCAAGAUUAACGAACUGGCAGCUGAGUUUAUCUCCAGGCCUCAAAGCCAGGAGGUGGUGGAAGGAGAGAAGGCGGAGUUCACCUGUGCCGUCUCCAAGGAAACCUUUCAGGUCAAAUGGAUGAAAGACGACAAGGAGCUAGAGGAGGGAGAGAAGUACCAGAUGGUCAGUGAUGGCAAGAGACGAACUCUGGUCAUCAAAAACUGUGAGCCCAAAGACGAGGGUGGAUACGUGGUGAUGAUCGGACCGACCAGAGCCAGCGUCGACCUCAUCGUGCUCGAGAAACUGAAGAUCAUCACCCCCCUGAAGGACACCGAGGCCAAAGAAGGCCAGGAGAUCGUCCUGAACUGUGAGGUGAACACAGAGGGAGCCAAGGCCAAGUGGCUGAAGAACGAGGAGACGGUGUUUGAGAGCAGCAAGUACGUGAUGGUCCAGAGAGACAACGUCUUCUCUCUGAGGAUCAAAGACGCCCAGAAAGGAGAUGAGGCCAACUACAGCAUCAUCCUGACCAAUCAGAGAGGAGAGCAGGCCAAGAGCAGUGGCAACCUCACCGUCAGAGAGGAAAGUCUGAGGAUCGUGGUUCCUCUGGAGGACAUCGACACUCAGGAGAAGAACACCAUCAGCUUCUCCUGCAAGGUCAACAGGCCCAACGCCACCCUGAAGUGGAUGAAGGCCGGCGAGGAGAUCACCUUCAACAAACGCAUUGUGUACCGAGUCGACAAAGACAAGCACACACUGACCAUCAAAGACUGCACGUUGGCCGAUGAGAGCGAGUACACGGCCGUGGCUGCGGACAAUAAGUCCACAGCCGAGCUGAUCAUCAGCGAGGCGCCGACUGACUUCACUUCUCAACUGAAGGACCAGACCAUCACCGAGUUCGAGGAUGCUGAGUUCACCUGCAAACUGAGCAAAGAGAAAGCCGACGUUAAGUGGUACAGAAACGGACGAGAGAUUAGAGAAGGACCAAGAUAUGCAUUUGAGAGGGACGGAAAGAACUGCAUUUUGCGUAUCAAAGAGUGCAGACCUGAUGAUGAGUGUGAAUAUGCCUGUGGUGUGGAUGAUAAGAGAUCCAGGGCCAGGCUCUUUGUUGAAGAGACCCCGGUGGAGAUCGUCAGACCUCCUCAGGACGCCUUCCAACCUCCAGGCUCAGACGUCGUGUUCGAGGUGGAGCUCAACAAGGACCGAGUGGAGGUGAAGUGGUUGAGGAACAACAUGACGGUCGUCCAGGGCGACAAAUACCAGAUGAUGAGCGAGGGUAAGGUCCACAGGCUGCAGGUCUGUGAGAUCAGACCGAGAGACCAGGGAGAGUACAGGAUCAUCGUCAAGGACAAAGAUGCAAAGGCCAAGCUGGAGCUGGCAGCCGUGCCACAGAUAAAGACCACCGACCAGAGCUACGUCACCGAUGCUGGGAAGCCCAUCGUCAUGGCCGUCCCCUACAGCGCCUACCCACAGGCCGAGGCCGACUGGUUGUACAACAACCUGAGUCUGCCCAAAGACAGCAUCCACACCUCCGCCGACCGCACUGAGUACCGGCUGAAAGACCCGAAGAAGGGCGACGAGGGCCGAUACAAGAUCAUCAUCAAGAACAAACACGGAGAAGGAGAAGCCUUCAUCAACCUGGACGUCAUCGAUGUCCCGGGACCCGUAAAGAACCUCCAGGUGGUCGACACUGCCGACGGCGAGGUCAGCCUGGCGUGGGAGGAGCCUGAAAGUGAUGGCGGCAGCAAGGUCAUGGCCUACGUGGUGGAGAGACGUGACGUGAAACGUAAGACGUGGACACUGGCCACAGAUCAUGCCGAGAGUCCUGAAUACACCGUGACCGGCCUCCAGAAGGACUCCAUGUACUUCUUCAGGGUCUGUGCACGCAACCGGGUCGGCAGUGGUCCCAAUGUUGAAACGGAUAAACCUGUACAAGCCAAAAACAAGUUUGAUGUUCCCGAGGCUCCUCUGAACGUGAUCGUGGGUAACGUCUCCAAAUUCGGCUGCACCGUCUCCUGGGAACCCCCCGAGUCGGACGGAGGCUCCCCCAUCACCUCCUACAUCAUCGAGCUGCGCGACAGGACGUCUGUGAAGUGGUCUCCUGUCCAGGUGACCAAAGCCGAUGAGCUCAGUGCCAUCGUCAAUGACGUCAUAGAGAACAAAGAGUACAUCUUCAGAGUCAAAGCCGAGAACAAGGCUGGUGUCGGCAAACCCAGCGCAGCCUCACAGCCCGUCAAGAUCAUGGAUCCCAUUGAGCCUCCCAGCCCUCCGGUGAACCUGACCUGGCAGGACCAGAACAAGAACUCUGUGCAGCUCUCCUGGGAGACUCCUCUGAGGAAUGGAGGCAGCAUAAUCACCGGAUACAUCAUCGAACGCUGCGAGGACGGCACCGACAAGUGGCUCCGCUGCAACGCCCGCCUCUGCCCCGACCUCUCAUACAAGGUGACUGGUCUGAAAUAUGGAGCCAAGUACAACUACAGAGUGUUUGCUGAAAACGCUGCUGGAGUGUCUGAUCCGUCCAACAUCAUUGGGCCUCUGCUCGCUGACGACCCCCACGUCGGUCCAUCCUUUGACUUGAGCGGUUUCAAAGACGGCCUCGAAGUCAUCGUCCCUCAGCCUCUCACCAUCAGAGUCCCGAUCACCGGAUACCCGACCCCUGUUGCCAGGUGGACCUUCGGAGAGAAGGACCUGACCACAGAGGACGAGCGUGUCUCCAUGAUGACCAAGUCUACAUUCACCGAACUGAUCGUCACGCCGAGCGUCCGUCCAGACAAAGGCAUCUACACCCUGCACCUGGAGAACGACGUCACAUCAGUCUCUGGAGAGAUCGAAGUCAACGUCAUUGCGGCACCCAGUGCUCCGAAGGACUUCAAGGUCCUAGAAGUGACCAGGCAGCAUGUUCACCUGAGCUGGGAGGCUCCAGAACACGACGGAGGAAGUCCUCUGACUGGCUACCAGGUGGAGAAACGCGACAUGUCCCGCAAGACCUGGGUCAAGGUGACCACAGGUAUCCAGGAUCUGGAGUUCACCGUCACCGAUGUGGUUGAAGGGAAAGAGUAUCUGUUCAGAGUCACUGCCUGCAACAAGUGUGGACCAGGCGAGCCGGCGUACAUCGACGAGCCCGUCAACGUCUCCUCUCCUGCCACCAUCCCCGACCCUCCAGAGAACCUGAAGUGGAGAGACAAGUCAGCCAGCGGCAUCUUCCUAACCUGGGAGCCGCCAAAGUACGACGGUGGCAGCAACAUCCGAGGCUACAACGUUGACCGGCUCCAGAGAGGAACUGAUAAGUGGGAGCCCUGUGGCGACAUGGUGCCCGAGCUCAAGUGCCAGGUAACGGGUCUGAUCGAGGGCCAGUGGUACUCAUACAGAGUCCGAGCCCUGAACCGACUAGGAGCCAGCCAGCCCUGCAAGGCCACUGAUGAGAUCCAGGCUGUUGAUCCCAAAGAGGCUCCAGAGAUUCAGCUGGACGCCAAGUUGCUGGCUGGUCUCACCGCCAAAGCUGGAAGCAAGAUUGAACUCCCUGCUGAGGUGACGGGUAAACCUGAACCCAGAGUGAAGUGGACCAAGGCUGACCUGGUCCUAAAACCGGACGACAGGGUGACCAUCGACACCAAGCCAGGACAGUCCACCGUCACCAUCGCCAAGACGAAGAGAGAUGACAGCUCCACCUACAUCAUAGAAGCCACUAACAGCAGCGGUCGCGCCACCGCCACCGUUGAUGUCAACAUCCUCGAUAAGCCUGGUCCUCCAGCUGCCUUCGACAUCUCUGAGAUCACCAAUGAGUCCUGCUUCCUGGCCUGGAACCCUCCCAGGGAUGACGGUGGCUCCAGAGUCACCAACUACAUUGUGGAGCGUCGAGCAGCCGAUAGCGAGAUCUGGCACCGCCUGUCCUCCACAAUCAAACAGACCACGUACAAAGCCGUGGACCUGGUCAAGUUUAAGGAGUAUGUCUUCAGAGUGUUCGCUGAGAACCAGUUUGGUGUCGGCCCACCAGCUGAACACCCAUCCAUCAUUGCCAGAUAUCCCUUUGACACUCCUGGAGCUCCUUAUAAGUUGGAGCCCUCAGACAUCGCCAAGGACUCGUUGACUCUGACCUGGUAUGAGCCUGAUGAGGACGGAGGAAGUCCCAUCACAGGGUACUGGGUGGAGAGAUAUGAACCCGACCAUGACAAGUGGAUAAGAUGCAACAAGCUUCCUAUCAAAGACACCACCUACAGAGUCAAAGGUCUUCCAACCAGGAAGAAGUACAAGUUCAGAGUCCUCGCUGAGAAUCUGGCUGGAACUGGAAAACCCAGCAAAGAGACGGAUCAGAUUCUUGUCAAAGAUCCCAUUGAUCCUCCAUGGCCUCCUGGUAAACCCACAGUGAAGGACGUGGCUAAGACUUCCUGCUUCUUGAUGUGGACCAAACCAGAGCACGACGGUGGAGCAAAGAUCGACGGCUACGUCAUUGAGAUGCUGAAGAGCGGCACCACCGACUGGAUCCGUGUGGCGGAGAACAUCAGCAUCCUGGAGCAUUUCCUGAAGGGCCUGAUGGAGAAGCAGGAGUACUCAUUCAGGGUCCGAGCAGUGAACGUGGCCGGAGAGAGCGAGCCCAGCGAGCCCAGCGAGCCAGUGCUCUGCAAAGAGAGACUCAACCCUCCUUCGGCUCCUCGCUGGUUGGAGGUUGUUGGCAUCAGCAGGAACAGUGCCGAUCUGAAGUGGACGGUUCCGGAGCGCGAUGGUGGCUCGCCCAUUACCAACUAUGUUGUGGAGAAGCGUGAUGUCCGACGUAAAGGCUGGCAGGCAGUGGACACGACCGUCAAGGAGCUGAAGUACACUGUGACGCCGCUCAACGAAGGGUCGCUGUAUGUAUUCCGUGUUGCUGCCGAGAAUGCUGUGGGCGUCGGAGCAUUCUGCGAACUGGAGGACUCUGUGUUGGCCAAAGACACUUUCACUACUCCAGGGCCACCGUAUGCACUCACUGUCUACGGCGUGAGCAAAAGAUACGUCGACCUGCAGUGGGAGGCACCGAAAAACGAUGGCGGCAGACCCAUCCUCAGGUAUUCGCUUGAGAAGAAGGAGAAGCUUGGAACGCGCUGGGUGAAAUGUGGAAAGACUUCAGGUCCGGACUGUAAGUACAGAGUAACGGAUGUGAUAGAGGGAACAGAGGUCCAGUUCCAGGUUUGUGCCGAGAACGAAGCUGGUGUUGGACACCCAAGUGAACCGACUGAGAUCCUCACCAUCGAAGAUCCAACAGGGGUCCCAUCACCGCCCAUUGAGGUGCAUGUGACCGGAGCCAACCGGGACUUCUUGGCCAUCGCCUGGAAGCCUCCAUUGAGGGACGGGGGCUGCCCCAUUAGUGGCUACCACAUCGAGAUGUGCGAGGCAGGAACAGAGAAGUGGAUGAGGGUCAACUCCCGUCCAGUGAAGGAGUUAAAGUACCGAGUAGAAGAAGGGGUGGUCCCCGAGAAGGAGUAUAUCCUGAGAGUGAGGGCCAUCAACUCCGUUGGCGUCAGCGAACCCUCCGACAUCUCAGAGAAUGUCUUUGCCAAAGAGUCAGACUGUAACCCAACGCUGGAAUUCCAGACCCUGGACCUGGUCGUUGUGGAAACAGAAAAGCUGCACAUCCCAGUUCCCUUCAGAGCUGUCCCCUCACCCAAAAUCACUUGGCACAAAGACGGCAAAGAGCUGAAAGCCGAUGAACGCCUCGGCUUCAGGAAGGAGUACACUUCCUGCCAUCUGGAGGUUGACAGCAGCAUCCACGCUGACGCUGGAGUCUACAAAGUGACUCUGGAAAACAAACUUGGAAGUGCCAGCGCCACCAUCAACGUCAAAGUCAUUGGUCUUCCCGGUCCCUGCAAGGAAAUUGUGGCAUCUGAGAUCACAAAGAGCUCUUGCAAGGUUUCCUGGGAUCCUCCAGACUACGAUGGUGGCAGCCCAAUCCUUCAUUACGUCCUGCAGCGCCGUGAGGCCGGCAGGAGGACUUACGUCAACAUGAUGUCCGGCGAGAACAAGGUGAGCUGGAACAUCAAAGACCUCAUCCCCAACGGAGAGUACUACUUCAGAGUCCAGGCCGUCAACAAGAUUGGAGGAGGAGAGUUCAUUGAGCUCCGCAACCCAGUCAUUGCCCAGGACCAGAAACAUGCUCCCGACCCUCCUGUGGACGUGGAAACCCACAACCCCACGUCCAGCACAGUCACACUGACCUGGAAGCCUCCCAUGUACGACGGCGGUGCCAAGAUCAUGGGCUAUAUCCUGGAGAGGCAGCAGAAGGGCGAGGAGAAGUGGGAGAGGUGCAACGACUUCCUGGUGCCCGUCCUGUCCUACACCGUCAGAGGCCUGACAGAGGGCAAGAGUUACUCCUUCAGAGUCAGAGCCGAGAACGCUGCUGGAGUCAGCGAGCCAUCACGCAACACUCUGUUCGUCAAGGCCUCCAACGCCAUCGAUCCUCCAAAGGUUUUCCUGAGUGGCAGCCUUCAGUCCGGCCUCAAUGUGAGACGAGGCUGCGAGAUCUGCUUGGAUGCCAACAUUUCUGGUUCACCGUACCCCCAGAUUACCUGGUACUGGAACAACCAGGUGAUCCGACCUGAGCCCCUCCGCAAGAGGCCCGAAAAACCCCUGAAGAAGAAGGUGGAGAAGAAGGAGGAGGAGAAGAAGGAAGGAGAGGUGAAGGAAGGAGAGGAGAAGAAGGAGGGAGAGGAGGAGAAGAAGGUGGAGGGAGAAGCUGAGAAGAAAGAAGAGAAGAAGGAGGGAGAGGUGAAGGAGGGAGAGGGGGAAAAGAAGAAGGAGGAGGAGGCUGCAGAGCCAGAGGUGGAGGAGUCCGACUACCCAACCAUCAACGAGCGUCUGGCUAUCAAUAACAGCCGCAAGGGCGUGUCUUCCAUCGUCAUCAAGGACUCUGUCCGGCCCGAUCAUGGCGUCUACAUGAUCAAAGUGGAGAACGACCAAGGCAUCGCCUCAGCCACCUGCGAGGUCAACGUGCUUGAUACUCCCGGUCCAGCGGUUAACUUCACAUUCGAGGAGGUGAGGAAGAACUCUGUCAUCUGCAAGUGGGAUCCUCCUCUGGACGAUGGUGGCAGCGAGAUACUCAAUUACACCCUGGAGAAGAAGGACAACUCGAAGCUGGAGAUUGGCUGGAGUUGUGUUACCUCCACUCUGAGAGGAUGCCGCUACCUGGUGCCCAAACUCAUUGAGAAGAAGGAGUAUCUCUUCAGGGUCGUGGCUGAGAACAAGUAUGGAGCUGGACCGCCCUGCAUCUCUAAACCACUGAUUGCCAAGAAUCCUUUCGAACCUCCUGAGGCUCCUGAUAAGCCAGAGAUCGAUGACAUUACAGCCAACAGCAUGCUGGUCACAUGGAACGAACCAAAUGACAACGGCAGCCCCAUCGUUGGAUACUGGGUGGAGCGCCGCGAGAUCAACAGUUCACACUGGGCACGUGCCAACAGGAACAUCAUCCCAGACACCGAGCUAAAUGUUGAAGGUCUGAUCGAGGGCUUGACGUAUAUCUUCAGGGUGGCGGCCGAAAACCAGGCCGGCCCUGGAAAGUUCAGUACCCCCUCAGAACCCAAGACGGCUCAGGCUCCAAUCUUACCUCCCGGACCCCCAGUUGCCCGAGUGCUGGCAACCACUGACCACUCCAUUGAAGUGGAGUGGGACCCACCUGCUGACAAUGGUGGAGGCGAGAUCCUGGGGUACCAUGUGGAUAAGGCCAUGGCUGGUACCAAGGACUGGUCCAGGUCUACAGAACGACCCUGGAAGACCAGAGUCUUCACGGUCUAUGGAGUCCGUGAGGGAGCAAAAUACCUGGUCAGAGUCAUUGCAUGCAAUGCCGCCGGAGAGGGAACACCCGGAUUCACAGAGUCUGUAUUCGUCAGGAAUCCUGCAGAGAUACCAGUGAUUGAACUGGACCUGUCUGUCAAGAAUGGCGUGAUCAUCAGAGCUGGAGAAACUCUCCUUGUCCCUGCUACAGUCACUGGUAAACCCUACCCAUCCAUCAGCUGGACUAAGGACGACGCCAAACCCGACAAAGAUCGCGUAGAGAUCCUCACCGAGGGCAACGACAGCAUUGUCUCGAUCAAGAAUGUCCAGAGGAAAGACUGUGGCAAAUACCAGAUCUCUGCCUGCAACCCCAGUGGCACCAAGAGUGCAUCAACCAGAGUGGAGGUCAUGGAUGUACCUGGACCCAUCACUGACCUGAAGCCUGUGGUCGUCACUCGUAAGAUGAUCUUCCUGAACUGGGAUGACCCUGAGGACGAUGGAGGCAGCGACCUGACUGGCUUCAUUGUUGAGCGAAGAGAUGCCAAGAUGCACACGUGGAGGCAGCCCAUCGAAACUGCCUCGUCCAAGUGCGAGUGCGUUGGCAUCAUGGAAGGACAGGAGUACAUGUUCCGUGUGAUUGCUAAGAACAAGUACGGCAUGGGCCCACCUGUGGAGCUGGGACCCAUCAAGGCUGUGGACCCUCAGGGCCCCCCUUCAUACCCAGAGAAGUUCCACUACACAGAGCGCACCAAGAACUCCAUCACACUGGCCUGGAGGCCUCCUCGCAAUGAUGGCGGCAGCCCUGUCAUCGGCUACUUUGUUGAGAAGAAGAGGCAGGACCAGCAGGCGUUCGAGCCCUGCAACACCGAGAUCUGCCCUAACAUGACGCUGACAGUGGAGGGUCUGGAUGAGGCCUGGAUGUACGAGUUCAGAAUCAAGUGUGCCAACCUCAUUGGAGAAAGUGAGCCGUCCAUCCCAUUGACUGUGGUCAUCCAGGAUGACGAAGUGGCUCCUGAGGUCCACAUGCUGAAGCACUUCAAGGGCGACCUCAUUACUGUGAAGAAGGGCGAGCUUAUUGAGAUCCCUGCUGACGUCCUCGGACUCCCCAUCCCCAAGGUGGAGUGGUCCAAGGACGACGUGGUGAUCGAGGCGCCCACCGAGACUCUACUGAUGGAGACAGAGGUGACAGGAAGGAUGAACUGUAAGACAGUGCUGUCCAUCCCAGCAGCCAACAGGAGGGACCGUGGCACCUACACCGUGUCUGCCUCCAACAACAUGGGCUCAGCCAAGCACACCACCACAGUUCUGGUGCUGGACCGACCACUUCCACCCAGGAACUUGGCAGUUUCCAACAUCAGGGCAGAGUCCUGCUACCUCCAGUGGGAUGCACCCCUGGAUGAUGGUGGCAGCGAGCUGACCAACUACAUCAUUGAGAAGAAGGAAGUCAUAACAGAAGAGCCUGAGCUGGAGGAAGGAGAGGAAGCUCCAGCUGAACCUCAGUGGGAGGAAGUUACCAACAGCAUCAUUGAGAAGAAAUACGGAGUGUGGAACCUGGAGACCAACAAGACCUACCACUUCCAGGUCAGAGCCGAGAACCGCUACGGUAAAUCUGACCCAUGCAUGAUAGAGAACGUCCAGAUCACAGACCCCUUCGGCCUUCCUGGCCCGCCGGAGAAACCAACCAUUGCAGAGUACUCCAAGACCUCCAUGACCCUGACCUGGGAACCUCCCAGAGACAACGGUGGCUCCAUGAUCACUGGCUACUGGCUGGAAAAGAGGGAGAAAGGUACCGCCUACUGGGCCAAAGUCAACAAGAUGCCUGUCACCAAGAGGGGCGUGAAGGGCUGGGAGUAUCAGGUGACGCGUCUGUUUGAAGGAACCGAGUAUGAGUUUAGGGUUGCUGCCAGCAACUCAGCAGGAACCGGACCUUUCAGUGGACCUUCAGACUCAGCCUUUGCUGUCGAUCCACUCACUCCUCCCAGCAUGCCUGCUGCCCCUGAGGUGGCCGAUAAGACGAAGCACAGCGUCACUCUGACCUGGAAGCCACCAGAGAACGAUGGAGGAAGUCCUAUCAAGGGCUACAUUGUCCAGAUCCAGGAUGAGGGCUCAUCAGACUGGGUGAGGGUGAAUGAUCCUGAAUCACUGCACCCCACAACUGAGUUCACUGUGCCCAGCCUCCGCGAGCUGAAGCGAUACCGCUUCAGGAUCAUCGCAGUCAACGACAUUGGCGAGUCCGACCCCAGCCCCCGCACCAGCGAGGUUCUUGUUGAGGAUAUCCAGCUUCCACCUUCCCUUAGCCUUGAUGUGAUGGCUGAAGACCUGGUGUGCAUCCGAGCCGGAGAUCCAGUCAGGAUCCCCGUCACCAUCAGGGGCCGCCCUGCUCCCAAGGUGGCCUGGGACUUUUAUGGCAAAGCCAAAACGCACAAGAAGAACAAAUUGCACACACUGCCUGUGGACUCCGAGAUUGAAUCCACGGACACUUCAUCCGUUGUGACCAUCCCAGUCAGUCUGAGGACCCACUCUGGACGUUACACCAUCACCGCUAAGAACAAGUCUGGACAGAAGCACAUUAACGUCAGAGUCAUCGUUCUCGAUGUUCCUGGACCUCCAAAGGAUUUGAAGGUUACCGACAUCACUCGGUCAACCAUGAGGUUAAUCUGGAAACUUCCGGAAACCGAUGGAGGAGAACGAAUCAAGAGCUACUUUAUUGAGAAGAAAUGUGUCACAGACAAGGCCUGGACCAAGGUGAAUGCAGCCUGUGCUAGCCAGGCGUACGUGGUUCCAGGACUGUUGGAGGGUCAGGAGUACCUGUUCAGGGUCCGGGCCGAGAACAGACUUGGAUUUGGUCCGUUCACGGUCACCACUGAUCCAGUCCGGGCUAGAGACCCCAUCUACCCCCCCGACCCCCCCACCAAGCUGAAGGUCAACCUUGUGACAAAGAACACAGUCACUCUGAGCUGGGAGGCACCGAAAAACAAUGGCGGAUCCCCGGUGAAGCAUUACAUAAUUGAACGUUUGAGCUGGGACACAAGCGGCAAAGAGAAAGAGACCUGGAAGCAGUGCAACAAGAGAGACGUGGAGGAGCUCACCUUUGUGGUGGAGGAUCUGAAGGAGGGAGGAGAAUAUGAGUUCAGAGUAAAAGCCGUCAAUGCCGCGGGACCCAGCAGACCCUCUGCCACUGUCGGACCCAUGAUCAUCAAGGAUCAGACAUGUGCUCCUACCAUCGAGCUGCGUGAGGCCAUGGAGGGUGAGGAGGGCUGUGAUGUCAGCAUCGUGGCGAAGGUAAGCGGCUGUCCUUUCCCCACGCUCACCUGGCAGAAGGCCAGCCUGGCCAAGCCCGAGGAGAAGUCCGCCGUCCAGUACGACCAGCACAUCAACAAAUUGGUGACGCAGGACAAGUGCACGCUGCUCAUCCAGCAGGCCAGCCGCCAUGACAGCGCCCUUUACAGCUUGACAGCCAGCAACAGCCUGGGCACCGCCACCAAGGACAUCAAGCUCUCAGUUCUGGGACCUCCCGGCCAGCCUGUCGGUCCACUCAAGUUCACGGAGGUGUUUGCUGAGAGGAUCGGCCUAGCCUGGAACCCUCCCACCGAUGACGGCGGGUCCAAGAUCACCAACUACGUAGUGGAGAAGCGCGAGGACAACAGGAAAUCCUGGGUCCACGUCUCGAACGACCCCAAGGAGUGUGCCUACGUGGUGACAAGACUGACGGAGAACCACGAAUACGAGUUCAGAGUCAUGGCCCAAAACAAGUUUGGAGUUGGUCCGCCGCUGAUCAGCGAGCCAGAGAAGGCCAGGAACCUUUUCACUGUUCCAGGUCAGUGUGAGAAACCGACUGUGACGGACGUUUGUCUCGAGUCGAUGACCGUCAACUGGGACGAGCCCAAGUACGAUGGUGGCUCCUCCAUCACCGGCUACAUCAUCGAGAAGAAGGAGACUACAGCCAAGCGCUGGGCCCGGGUGACCCGCGACCCGAUCCGGGCGCUGCCGCUGGGCAACAACUGGGAUGUCACUGGCCUCCUGGAGGGUGCCAUGUACCAGUUCAGGAUCAUCGCCGUCAACGCUGCCGGCUGUGGUUUGCCCAGCGUGCCCUCUGACCCCGUGCUCUGCAGAGACCCCAUCAAGCCUCCCGGACCACCCACUCCGAAGGUCAUCGACUGGACAAAGUCAACCGUGGAGCUGGAGUGGAUUCCUCCUGCGAUGGACGGAGGUUCAAAGGUCACAGGCUACAUUGUGGAGUUCAAGGAGGUGAACAAGGAGGAGGAGGAGAAGAAAGCUCAGAGGAAGCUGCUGCUGCUGAGCGACGCAGAGGAGGAGAAGGAGCCAGAAAGUGACGAGGGCUGGGAGAAGGCGAAGGACACUGAGAUCAGAGGAACCAAGUUUGUGGUUCCUGGUCUGAAGGAAGGUGGUUUGUACCGCUUCAGAGUCCGAGCCGUGAACGCUGCCGGAGAGGGAGAGCCAGGACUUGUGUCUGAGCUGAUCGAAGUCAAAGACAGAACAAUUCCUCCUGAGAUGGACCUGGAUGCCUCAGUGAAGGAGAAGAUCGUGGUCCAUGCUGGCGCCACCAUCCGCAUCAUCGCCUACGUGUCUGGUAAACCCGCCCCCCAGAUCACCUGGUGCAGAGAUGAUGCCGAGAUUCCCAAAGAGGCGGUGGUGGAGACGACGGGCAUCUCCAAUUCAAUGGUCAUCAAGAACUGCAGACGGCAACACCAGGGUAUCUACACACUGAGUGCCAAGAACGAAGGAGGAGAGAGGAAGAAGGCUGUGAUCGUUGAGGUCCUUGACGUCCCUGGACCAGUUGGCCUUCCCUUCGCUGGCGAGAACCUGACGACCGACUCCUGCAGGCUGACCUGGUACUCGCCUGAGGAUGAUGGCGGCUCAGCCAUCACCAACUACAUCAUUGAGAAGAGGGAAUCUGACCGCAUGGGCUGGACCUCGGUGUCCUACACGGUGACGAGGAACAAUGCUGUGGUGCAGGGACUCAUUGACGGCAAGGGCUACUUCUUCAGAAUCGCAGCUGAGAACAUCAUCGGCAUGGGACCAUUCAUUGAGACAGACAAGAUGGUUCUCAUCACAGAUCCCAUCUCCGUUCCAGAACGUCCAGAGGACCUGAUCAUCACGGCCGUAACCAAGGACUCCAUCUCUGUUGCCUGGAGACCGCCCAAGUAUGAUGGCGGUGCUGAGGUGACUCAGUACAUCCUUGAGUCACGAAUGAUCGGCCGCGACAACUUCACACGAGUGGGUGGAGAGGACAAGCUGAUGGACAGGAAGUUUACGCUGACCGGCCUGAAGGACGGAUCGAGCCACGAGUUCAGAGUCUCCGCCGUCAACCAAGUGGGACAGGGCAAGAUGUCUUUCGCCACCAAACCUGUGCAGUGCAAGGAUGAGCUCGAACCACCUACUCUGGACCUAGACUUCAGGGACAAGAUGAUGGUGAAGGUGGGAGACACAUGCACACUGUCGGGACGUUACAGUGGCAAACCGGUUCCAACUAUUACCUGGACCAAGAACGACGAGGAGCUGAAGGCCGACGAGGAGAUCAGCCUCCACAGCACCACCCACCACCUCAGCCUCAGCAUCAGCAAGGCCAAGAGAGAACACAGCGGCCGCUACUGCGUCAGCGUAGAGAAUGCCGCUGGCCCCCGCACAGGAAUCUGCACCAUCACGGUGGUCGACCGUCCUCAGCCACCAGAGGGCCCCGUCGUGUUCGACGAGGUCUACAGGAACUACAUGGUGGUUUCCUGGAACCCUCCUCUAGACGACGGAGGCUGCGCCAUCUCCAACUACAUUAUCGAGAAGAGAGACACCAACAGAGACCUGUGGAUGCCCGUCACCUCAUCCUGUACCAGAACCACCUGCAGGGUUCCCAAACUGAUCGAGGGUCGCGAGUACAUCAUCCGGAUCAUGGCUCAGAACAUCUAUGGCAUCAGCGAUCCCCUCCUGUCGGCAGAGACCAAGGCUAGAGACAUCUUCAAGGUGCCCGAUGCUCCAAAACAACCCACAGUGAAGGAGGUUUACCACAACUCUGCCCUCAUCAGCUGGGAGCCACCGGCUGAUGGAGGAAAACCAAUAACAGGCUACAUCGUGGAGAGGAAGGAGACCAUGGCCAACAGGUGGGUUCGCUGCAACACUGAACGAAUCCAUCCCAGGGUGGAGUACUGGGUGAUGGAGCUGCUACAAGGCUGUGAGUACGAGUUCAGAGUCAGCGCUGAGAACGAAGUGGGAGCUGGAGACCCGAGCCCACCGACCAAACCUGUCUUCGCCAAAGAUCCCAUCGUGAAACCCAGUCCACCCGUGAACCUUCGGGCCAUUGACUUCACCAAGGAGUCAGUGACUCUGUCCUGGGAGCCGCCGGUUGACACUGGCCGAGGGAAGAUCUUUGGUUAUCUGCUGGAAUUCCAGAAGGCUGGAGAGGAGGAAUGGCUCAAGGUGAACCAGACCCCAGACUCCUGCCAGGAGACAAAGUUUAAGGUGAUCAACUUGGAAGAUGGUCAACUGUACCGCUUCAGAGUCAUGGCUGUCAACGCAGCAGGAGAGUCCGACCCAGCCAACUUGAAGGAGCCAAUCAGAGUCCAGGACAGACUUGAGCCUCCAGAGUUGAUUCUGGAUGCAGGAAUGACCCGAGAGGUGAAGGCCAUGGCCGGCACUCACAUCACAUUGAUGGCCACCAUCAAAGGCGUCCCGUUCCCCACUGUCACCUGGAAGAAGAACGAAGCAGAGGUUCCCACCAGGGCCGACAUCGAGACCAACCAGUCUGGCACCAAACUGGAGAUGAGGUUCUGUAACCGUGGUGACUGUGGAGACUACACCCUUACCGUGGAGAACCCGGCCGGAUCCAAGACUGUCACCUGCACCGUGCUGGUCCUCGACAAACCUGGACCAAUCCAGCACCUCCGAGUGUCUGAUGUCAGGAGUGACUCUGCCUACCUGUCCUGGAAGGACCCGGAGGACAACGGUGGUACUCGCAUCACUAACUUUGUGGUGGAGAAGAAGGACACUGCGUCCACUCAAUGGGUCCCUGUUUGCUCCACAUCCAAGAAACGCAGCAUGAUGCUGAAACACCUCAUGGAGGGAACGUCUUACACCUUCAGAGUUGCUGCUGAGAACCAGUUUGGUCGCAGCGAGUACGUCGAGACGCCGAAGGCCAUCAAGGCAAUGAACCCUCUCUUCCCUCCAGGUCCUCCCAAAGACUUGCACCACACUGACGUGGACAAGACCGAGGUUUGGCUGGAAUGGAACUGGCCUGACCGCAAUGGAGGAAGUGAAAUCACAGGCUUCCUGGUGGAGUACCAGGAGGAAGGUGAGAGGGAAUGGGAUGAGUGGAAGACUGUCAGCAUCCCAGAGAGUCAUGUGACUGGCCUGGAGGAGGGAAAGACCUACCGCUUCAGAGUGAGGGCUGAGAACGCCAUCGGCCUCAGCAGACCCGACACCACCGUGCCUAUCCUCUGCCAGGAGAAACUCGUGCCUCCAGUCCUCGAGGUGGAUGUGAAGCUCAUUGAAGGCAUCACAGUAAAGGCCGGCACGACCAUCAGGCUGCCAGCUAUAAUGAGAGGAAUCCCAGUCCCUACCGCCAAGUGGUCCAUCGAAGGAGAGGAGAUCACCAGCCAGGGCAACAUCAAGAUCGACACCGACAAUUUCUCUACAGUGCUCAGCAUUAACGAGUGCACCAGGAACCACACAGGAAGCUACUUACUCACUGUGUCCAACCCAGCAGGAACCAAGACGGUAGCCUUGAAUGUCACCGUCCUGGAUGUCCCUGCUGCUCCCAUUGGACCUGUCAACAUCCUGGAGGUCACCCCAGACUCUAUGAUGAUUGAAUGGCGUCCUCCUAAGGACGACGGCGGCAGCCCCGUCACAAACUAUAUUGUGGAGAAGAGAGAGUCCACCAAGGAGACCUGGGGAGGUGUUAGCUCCGGUAGCCUUGAGACCAAACUCAAUAUCACCCGCCUGCAGAAGGGAUCAGAGUAUGUGGUCCGCAUCCGUGCUGAGAACAAGAUGGGCAUUGGAGCCCCUCUGGAGAGCAAGCCCACUGUCGCUGAGCACUCCUUCAUGCCACCCAGUCAGCCUGGUAAGCCCCAGCCCUAUGAUAUCUCUGAGGAUGCGGUUACACUUGGCUGGACCAUGCCUCUGUCCGAUGGUGGCAGCCAGAUCACCGGCUACAUCAUUGAGCGCAGACACAAAGGAGGAAAGUGGAUCCGUGUCAACAAGACACCCUGCAAGGACCUGAGGUACAGAGUCCUGGGUCUCUUUGAGGGCAGUGAAUACGAGUUCAGAGUGUUCGCUGAGAAUAUCGCUGGUUAUAGUGGCCCUUCUCCCAUCUCUGACUCCUGCAAGCCCUGUAGGCCCAUCACCGUCCCUAGUCCCCCCGUCAACCCUAAAGUUAAAGACUACAGCAAGAGCACCGCUGACCUAGUCUGGACCAAACCUACGAAAGACGGAGGCAGCCCUAUUUUGGGCUACACUGUAGAAAUGAAGAAGGCUGAUACUGAAGAAUGGAAGAAGGUGAACCUGGAUGACUUCAUUAAGCAGUGUGCCUUCAGGGUGAAAGGUCUGGAGGAAGGUGUGACCUACAGAUUCAGAGUCUUUGCCUCAAACAUGAUUGGAGAUGGAGAAUCCAGAGAAGUCCCAGAGUCCAUUACUGCCCAGGAUAUCCUGAUUCCUCCAGAGAUCGAGAUGGAGGCCACCUGCCGUGACCAUGUCACCGUGCGUGCUGGACACAACAUCAACAUCAUUGGUUACAUCAGGGCUCGUCCGGAUCCUGAGGUCAUUUGGUCAAAGGAGGAGACCGUUCUGGAGAACAACAAACGAGUCACCAUCAUUCAGAAUUUCCCUGUGGUCCACCUGAAAAUCAAGGAAGCUACAAGAGCUGACCAUGGAAAGUACCUCCUGAAGGUCUCUAAUGAGGGUGGUGAGGCUUCAUGCACCAUCACCGUCAAUGUGCUGGACAGACCAAGCCACUGCCAGAACCUGCACCUGACCUAUGUAACCAAGUCGUCAUGCAUGAUCAACUGGGAUCCCCCUAAAGACAAUGGCGGUUCUGAGAUCACCAACUACAUUGUGGAAUGUCGCGAACCCAGCGUUAGCAUGUGGUCUAUGAUCUCUUCCAACUGCACCAAUCGCAAGAUCAAGGCUAAGCUGAUGGAAGGCCAUGAGUACCUGUUCCGUGUCUGUGCCGAGAAUAAGAUGGGGCCGGGACCCUCUGUGGAGACCAAGACACCUCUGCUGGCCAUUGAUCCCCUGGAGAAGCCCGGGGAGCCAGAGAACUUCAGAGUCACUGACAUCGGUAAGACCUAUGUCAACCUGAGAUGGAGGAAACCAGACUAUGAUGGUGGCAGCCCCAACCUCUCCUACAAUCUCGAGUGUAAAGUCAAAGAUGCUGAGGAGUGGGAGAAACUCACCCCUACCCCUCUCACAGACACCUUCUUCCUUGCUGACAAGUGCUUGGAAAACCAGACAUACACCUUCAGGGUGCAGACUGUCAAUGAAGGAGGUGAGAGUGCCUGGGUGAAACUCGCUGAUAUUCUUGUACGGGAGGAGAUCCAGAAGCCCGUCAUUGACCUGAAGUUAGCCGGGACUAUGACGGUGAAGGCUGGGGAGUCGGUCAGGAUAGAGGCCGCCCUGAGAGGAAAACCACAGCCUGAGGUCAAAUGGACAAAAGACAAGGCUGUUGGAGACAACCCCAGAAUCAGCUAUGAAACUGGGCCUGACUAUUCCAAGUUUCUUUUGACCAAGUCCAGACGCACUGACACAGGAAAGUAUGUCAUCACUGCCACCAACUCGGCCGGCACUUUUACGGCAUACGCCAAUGUCAAUGUUCUGGACAUCCCUGGCCCAGUGAGGAAUCUGAGGAUAACCGGCAUUGGAGCCGACAAGUGCAGAGUGGUCUGGGAUGGUCCAGAGGAUGAUGGAGGUUGUGAGGUUGACAGCUACAUCUUGGAGAAAUGUGAGACCAGGCGAAUGGUCUGGUCCACAUACUCGGCUUCUGUGGUCACGCCGUACUGCAAUGUCAUUCGUCUGGUGGAGGGCAACGAGUACAUCUUCAGAGUGAGGGCAGAGAACAAGAUGGGAACUGGCCCUGCCAUGGAGAGCAAGCCUGUAACUGUAAAGACUCAAUUCAACAAACCUGGACCUCCUGAAGCCCCUGAGGUCACCAAGGUGAAUAAAGAUGAGAUGACUGUGGUCUGGGCUCCUCCUGAGAAUGAUGGAGGAAAGUCAAUUACUGGCUACAUCCUGGAGAGGAAAGAAAAGAGGGCAGUUCGCUGGGUGCCCUGCACCAAGAGCCCCAUCUCAGAGAGACGCAUGAAAGUGACCAACCUGAUUCCAAACCACGAGUACCAGUUCAGGGUGAAAGCAGAGAACGAGGUUGGUCUGGGAGAGCCCAGCAAGCCCUGCAGACCUGUUGCAGCCAAAGAUCCUAUUGAACCACCCGGUCCUCCUGCUUUCCUGAAGGUGGCCGACAGCACCAAGACCUCUAUCACUCUGUCCUGGUGUAAACCUGUGUAUGAUGGCGGCGCCCCUAUUAUUGGCUAUAGUCUGGACCUGAGGCUGAAGAGUGAGGCAGACCCUGAGAAGCCCACAGAGGGCUGGAAGAGAAUUGAUACCCAUGGUCCAUUGGUGCUCACAGAGUUCACCAUUAACCAGCUGGACGAGAAGCAAGAGUACGAAUUCAAGGUGUCCGCCAAAAACCAGGUGGGCUGGGGACGACACGCCUACUUGAGGGAGGCAGUGUCCCCCAAAGAGAUCUUAGAGGCUCCAGAAAUUGACCUUGACGCCAGUCUGAGGAAAGGCCUCGCCGUCAGAGCUGGAUGUCCAAUUAGGCUUUUCGCUGUCAUCAGAGGAAGACCGGCCCCCAAGGUUACCUGGAAACGCAUGGGCGUUGACAAUGUGGUCCGCCGAGGUCAUGUGGACCAGGUUGACACUAUGUCCUUCUUGGUAAUCCCCGAGAGCACCAGGGAGGAUUCUGGGAAAUAUUCACUCACUCUGUCCAACUCUGCUGGAGAGAAGGCUGUGUUUGUCCGUGUCAAGGUCCUUGACACACCUGGUCCUGUUGGUGGUUUGGAUGCAACAGAUGUCACCAAGACCACAGCUCAGCUCUCCUGGUUGCCACCAGAAAAUGACGGUGGAAGCCCCAUCAUCAACUACAUUGUGGAGAAAAGGGAAGUAGAAAGAAAAACUUGGACCAAGUGCACAGAGGACCUGAAGAAGACCAGCUUUAAGGUGACCAACAUGACGCCUGGCAUUGACUACUACUUCAGAGUCAUGGCCUGUAACAAGUACGGCAUUGGAGUUCCUCAAGAUUCUCCCAGGUCCUACUUGGCUGUCGACCCCAUUAGUGAACCAGAUCCCCCAAAGAAGAUGGACGUGUUGGAGAUCACCAAGAACAGCGCCACCCUGGGCUGGCUGAAGCCGCUCAGAGAUGGCGGAGCCAAGAUCAACGGUUAUGUGGUGGACUACCAGGAGGAGGGUGCCCCUGAGGACAAGUGGACACCUUACUCUGUGGUCAAAGACCUGACCAUUGUGGUCGUUGGUCUGAAGGAAGGAAAGAAGUAUAAAUUCAGAGUGGCAGCCAGGAAUUCAGUUGGAGUCAGCUUGGCCCGAGAGGCAGAGGGAAUGUUUGAGGUCAAGGACCAGCUCAUGGCUCCAAAGAUCAUCAUGCCUGACAUUGUGACGGUCAGAGCUGGAUCCAAGAUGGUGAUUGAGGCCAUUGUGGCAGGUAAACCCGCUCCCUUCUGCAAGUGGAAGCAGGGCAACGAGGAUGUUCUGACUUCGGACCGUCUGUCCGUCGUAAAGACGCUGAAAACCUGCACACUUAUCAUCAAGAAUGUGACACGAGCAGACAGCGGCUACUACAGCCUCUCAGCCGAGAAUAGCACUUCUAAGAUCAACCAGAUCCUCAGAGUCAUCGUCAUGGACAUCCCUGGACCUCCGGAAGCUCCUCUAGAAAUCACUGAACUGGACAUCGAUGCUUGCACGCUGCUCUGGAACUCCCCACAGGAGGAUGGCGGCAGCAACAUCACCAACUACAUUGUGGAGAAAUGCGAUGUCAGCCAGGGUGAUUGGGUCACCGUAUCCUCAUCCUGCACCAAGACCAGCUUCAGAGUGACCAAGCUAACACCUGGCAAAGAGUAUGGCUUCAGAGUCCGAGCCGAGAACAGGUUUGGCAUCUCUGAGCCAAUCUACUCUGAGAAGAUGAUCGCCAGAUAUCCAUUUGAUCCUCCCAGUGAGCCCAGAAACCUGCAGGUCAACAAGGUCAACAAGGAUUUCGUUAUCCUGUCAUGGGAGCGUCCGAGCAGCGACGGCGGCAGCCCCAUCACUGGAUACUGUAUUGAAAAGAAGGAGAGGAACAGCCUCCUGUGGAUGAAGGCAAACGAGUCGGUGAUUAAGGCCACCCAGUACACCUGCACCGGUCUGAUCGAAGGCCUGGAGUACACCUUUAGGGUGUCGGCAUACAACAUGGCUGGACAGGGCAAACCUUGCAAACAGACUGACUUCAUCACCGCCAGGACGGCCGUUGACCCACCAGGUAAACCCGAGCCCAUGGAUGUGACCAAGAACUCUGUGUCGUUGGUUUGGAGCCGUCCCAAGCAUGAUGGUGGAAGCAAGCUGAUUGGCUACUACGUGGAAUACACUAAGCUCCCUGAGGAGAAAUGGACUCGCUGCAAUGCCAACUGCAUGAACAUCCAGACAGAGAGCUAUGUGGUGACCGGUCUGGAGGAGGGCCAACAGUAUCAAUUCAGAGUCAUCGCCAAGACGGCCAUCAAUGUCAGCCAGCCGUCCGAGCUCUCAGACCCCAUCCCUGUCAUUGCAGAGAAUGUUCCUCCUCGUGUAGAACUAGGCGUCAAUAUGAAGAACUUGAUUGUAGUGAAAGCAGGAGAAAACAUCUUCCUGGAUGCUGAGGUGUCUGGCAAGCCGCUGCCCAAGGUGAGUUGGAAGAGAGACGGAGCGCCUCUGGUCCUCGCUGAGGGAAUGAAGAAGACGCAAAAGAAACAUUGUCACAUCCUGGAGCUUUACUCCGUCACCAGGAAGGAGUCUGGUGAUUACACAAUAACUGCUGAAAACAUCAAUGGCUCCAAGUAUGCCACCAUAAAGGUCAAGGUGCUUGACAAGCCAGGCCCUCCAGCCUCAGUGAAAACCACUAAGGUAUUUGCUGACCGUGUUAAGCUGCGAUGGGAGCCCCCCCUUGCAGACGGUGGCUCUGAAAUCACUAACUAUAUCAUUGAGAAGCGUGAGACGAGCAGAGCCAACUGGGCGCUGGUCUCCUCCAACAUCCACGGACAUGUCACCGACUGCUCCGUGGAGAAACUCAUUGAGGGACACGAAUACCAAUUCAGAGUCAGUGCUGAGAACCAGUACGGUGUCGGAGACCCCGUUAUGACCGAUGGUGUCAUGGUCAAGAACCCGUAUGAUGUUCCUGGUCCAUGCGACCCACCCGUCAUCACUAACAUUACUAAGGACUCCAUGACAGUCAGCUGGAAAGCCCCAGCCAAUGACGGUAAAGCUACCAUCUUGGGCUACAUGGUGGAGAAACGUGAGGCCACUGAGCUGACCUGGGCCAAGGUCAACCGCCGCCCGGUCAUCGACAGGACCAUCAAAGCCGCUCAGCUGACUGAGGGCUCCGAGUACGAGUUCAGAGUCAUUGCCAUAAACAAGGCUGGUCUGGGAAAACCCAGCGACGCAUCCAACGCUGCACUGGCCGUCGACCCAGUCUAUCCUCCUGGCCCACCUGCCUUCCCUAAGGUGGUGGACUCUACCAAGAGCUCCAUCAGCCUCAGCUGGACCAAACCGGCAUAUGAUGGUGGCUGUGAGAUCAUUGGAUAUCUGGUGGAGUGCAAGCGAGCUGAAGCUGAGGACUGGACCAAGUGUAAUGUCCCAAAGAAACUACAGGCAACCAAAUUCCUGAUGACGGGCCUGAUGGACAACACCGAGUACCAGUUCAGGGUCACCGCUGUCAACAAGAUCGGCUACAGCGAUCCCAGCGAGGUUCCAGGAAACCACAUGGCCAAGGACAUUCUGAUUGCACCUGAAGCUGAACUAGAUGCUGACCUGAGAAAGGCUCUGGUUCUGCGAGCUGGUGUCACCAUGAGACUCUAUGUCCCACUUAGAGGACGCCCAGCACCAAAGGUGACGUGGACAAAGGUGGACGCCAACCUGAAGGAAAGACAGGGCCUGCUGAUUAAGACGUCAGAAUGGGACACCCUACUGAUGAUUGAGGAUGUUAACAGAUACGAUGCUGGCAAAUAUGUCCUGUCCCUGGAGAACAGUAGUGGUUCCAAGAGCUACACUAUCGUAGUAAAGGUCCAUGAUUCUCCCGGACCACCAGUAAACCUGAUUGUGAAGGAGACCUCCAGAACCCAUGCCUGCAUCACCUGGGAGGCUCCAUUGAUCGAUGGUGGCAGCCCAGUCAAGAGCUACAUUGUAGAGAAACGUCUGGCUGAGAGGAAGGCCUGGACAUGCGUGUCGGCUGAAUGCCCUAAGACUUCCUUCAGGAUCACCAACCUGGAGGGGGGGCAGGCCUACUGCUUUAGAGUGCUGGCUGAAAACGCCUAUGGCAUUGGAGAGGGCUGUGAAACUGCAGGCAGCAUCCGGGCUUCAGAGCAACCUGGUCCAGUGACAGAAUUCAAGGCCCAAAAGACCACCAAGGACUCUAUUACCCUGGGCUGGAAGAAGCCCCUCAGUGAUGGUGGAAGCCACGUUACUGCAUACAUCCUGGAACAGAGCGAAGGCGAAGAGAAGUGGAAGCAGAUAAUGAAGGCAAAGAACACCUCACACACGAUCAGCGAGCUGACCAAUGGAAAAGAAUAUUCAUUCAGAGUCAAGGCGCUCAAUGAGUCUGGAGAGGGACCACCCACUGACCUUACCGCUGUUGCCAAGGAUCAGUUUGUUCUGCCUGACUGCAACUUAAGUGGCCUGCAUGACGGGUGCUACGUGAUAAAGGAGGGCAGCACCACACGGAUCAACAUCCCUCUCAUUGGAAUUCCUUACCCCAGCGCAACCUGGAAGAAGGGCGAUAUGUUGCUUGGUGAUACAGGCCGUAUGUGCAUCGAGGCAUCUCAGGGCGUCACCACCCUUCUGAUCAGAGACUGCCAGAGAGGAGAUGCAGACACCUACAGUAUAAAUGUCAGGAACAGUGCCGGCUCAAAGGACUGCAAAUUCCAGCUGAAGGUGGUCGGAAAGCCCGGCAUCUGCACCGGACCCAUCAAGUUUGAUGAGAUCACGGCAGACGGCAUCACUCUGGAGUGGGGUCCGCCCAAAGACGAUGGCGGUGCAGAGGUGUCCAACUACAUUGUGGAGAAGAGGAGGACGACAGACAACAAGUGGGCCACAGUGGCUUCAGCCAUCCAGAAGACCACCAUGAGGGUGAUCAGGCUCCACGAUGGGAUCGAGUACAUCUUCAGAGUGUUUGCUGAGAAUAAAUAUGGGGUUGGAGAAUAUCUGAGGUCUGACCCAGUCAUUGCCCAGCAUCCAUUCAAUGUGCCCGAUGCUCCUGCUCCUCCAGAAAUCGCGAGCAUCCGCCAUGAGUCAGCCAUCUUGACUUGGGCUGAUCCAAAAGACUCUGGUGGCUCCCCAAUUACUGGAUAUCACGUAGAAUUUAAGGAGAGAAACAGUCUGAUGUGGAAGCGGGCCACCAAGACUCCCCUGAGAGUGAAAGAGUGUAGAGUCACUGGCCUGAUAGAAGGACUAGAGUAUGAGUUCAGGGUGAUGGCCAUGAACGUGGCUGGAUUAGGAAAGGCAAGCAGAGCCACUGAGGCUGCAGUUGCCUUGGAUCCUAUUGAUCCGCCUGGCAAGCCUGAUGUCAUCAACGUUACCAGGACCACAGUCACUCUGAUUUGGACACCUCCAAAAUACGAUGGCGGCUACAAGUUGACGGGCUACAUAGUGGAGAAACUGGAGGCGGGUGGCAAGGCCUGGAUGAAGGCCAAUCAUGUCAACGUCCAGGGCUGCGCAUUUACUGUCCCCGAUCUGACGGAAGGAUCUCAGUAUCAGUUUAGAAUCAGGGCCAAGAAUGCUGCUGGUGCUAUCAGCAUUCCUUCAGAAUCCACAGAGCUUUUGACCUGCAGGGACGAGUAUGAACCCCCAACUAUCACUAUUGACCCAAAUAUAAAGGAUGGUGUAUCAGUCAGAGCAGGAGACACAAUUGUGAUUUCAGCCACCAAGAUUGUUGGCAAACCUCCACCCACUGCCGUCUGGUCCAAGGGAGGCCGUGAGUUCAAGAACUCUGACAUCGUCUCCAUCGUCAGCACCCCGACUACCUCCACUCUGUCUAUUAAGUAUGCUAGUCGUAAGAACACAGGAGAUUACGUCAUCACUGCUAGCAACCCCUUCGGCAUUGUAGAAGAACAUGUUAAAGUGAAGGUCCUAGAUGUGCCUGGACCUCCAGGUCCCAUCGAAGCCAGUAACAUUUCAGCUGAGAAGUGUACUCUGACUUGGCUUCCACCAGAGGAAGAUGGGGGCUGCUCUAUCAAAUCUUAUAUUCUCGAGAAGAGAGAGACCAGCCGCCUACAGUGGACCAAGCUUGCCGAAAAUGUCAUGGAUUGCCGAUAUGUAGCAGCCAAACUCAUCAAGGGCAACGAGUAUAUCUUCAGAGUGUCUGCUGUAAAUCAGUAUGGCACCGGAGAUUCAAGCCAGUCUGGUCCAGUCAAAAUGAUUGACAGUUUCCGCCCACCUGGUCCCCCCUCAACUCCAGAGGUGGAUAACAUUACCAGGAAUGCUGUCACCAUUUCAUGGAGGAGACCAGCAGAUGAUGGAGGAAGUGACAUUAGAGGAUAUUGUGUAGAGAGGAAAGAGAAGAGGGGAAUGAGAUGGGUGAGAGCCUGCAAGAGGACAGUCCCUGAUCUGCGCUUUAAGGUUCAAGGUUUGAGUGAGGGUGUAGAGUAUGAGUUUAGAGUCACUGCUGAGAACAAGGCUGGAUUUGGGGAGCCAAGUGAGCCAUCACGCCCUGUGAUGACCAAGGACAUUGUGUAUCCACCUGGUCCUCCAUCCAACCCCAGAAUUACAGACACCACAAAGACCACUGCCACCUUCGCCUGGGGCCGACCCCACUAUGAUGGUGGUCUUGAAGUUGAGGGAUACAUUGUUGAAUACAAAAAGGAAGGCCACGAUGACUGGGAGACUGAGACACAAUACCCAGUGAAAGUUACUGAAUAUGUUAUCGGAAAACUUCAAAAAGGUGGCAAAUACCACUUCAGGGUCAGUGCUGUAAACUCUGAGGGAGUUGGAGAGCCUGCUGAGGUUGAGAAAGUAACUGAACUGGUGGACCAGGAGACAAUACCAGACUUUGAACUGGAUGCUGAACUCAGGAGGACUCUGGUGGUUCGAUGCCGUGCUUCAAUCCGUAUGUUUAUUCCCAUCAGGGGCCGCCCUGUUCCUGAAGUAACGUGGAGCAAAGAUGACACCAACCUGAAAACACGUGCGCACAUUGACACCACAGAGUCUUACACUCUCCUGGUUAUUCCUGACUGCACCAGAUAUGACGCUGGAAAAUACAACCUCUGUCUGGAAAAUGUUGCUGGAAAGAAGACUGGCUUUGUUAACGUGAAAGUUCUGGACACUCCAGGACCACCAGUCCACCUCAAACCUAGAGAGAUCACUAAGAACGGCAUCACUCUCCAGUGGGAGAUCCCCAUAAUUGAUGGUGGUUCUAAGAUUCAUAACUACAUUAUUGAAAAACGAGAGGCCACCAAGAAGGCCUACACAGUGCUUAGCACUACCUGGCAGAAGUGUUCCUUCAAGUUUACAGGCCUAGAAGAGGGAGCUUACUACUACUUCCGUGUCUCUGCUGAGAAUGACUUGGGUGUUGGUGAGCCUGCUGAAACACCUGAGCCAAUCAGGGUGUCCCAGGCUCCAUCUGCACCAGAGAACCUGUAUGUUACUGAUGUGACCGCUGACAGUGCCAGCCUUGCAUGGACCAAGCCCCUCCACGAUGGUGGCAGUUUGAUCACUGGAUAUGUCAUUGAGACCCAGAAGAAGGACACUGACCAGUGGGUCCAUGUGGUCACCAUCAAGGCCCUGGACUACACUGUGACGGAUCUCAUUGAGGGCGCUGAAUAUACCUUCCGCAUAAUGGCUGUCAAUGCAUCAGGCAGGAGUGAUCCUCGUGAGAGCAGGCCUACCAUGAUCAAAGAGCAGACUUCUGCGCCUUCAUUUGACUUACGUGGGGUCUACCAGAAAACUGUCAUCGCCAAGGCAGGAGAUCGCAUGAAGGUGGAAAUUCCUGUGCUGGGCAAACCCAGGCCUGUGGUUUCCUGGAAGAAGGGAGACACUGCUUUCAAGGAGACACAAAGGAUGAAUGUUGAAACCACAUCAACAUCCACCAUCCUCAACAUUAAUGAGAUCAAGAGGACUGAUGGAGGCCAGUAUUCCAUAACAGGAAAGAACAUGCUGGGUACAGUGACGGAAACCAUCACCGUCCUGGUCCAUGACAUUCCAGGUCCUCCCACUGGUCCCAUCAAGCUGGAUGAGGUCUCAUGUGAUUAUGUCCUCAUGUCCUGGGAGGCACCAGAGAAUGAUGGAGGGGUCCCCAUUAAUAACUAUAUUGUUGAGAUGCGGGAGACCACUGGUACUUCAUGGGUGGAGUUGGCUGCUACAGUGAUCCGCACCACGUUCAAGGCAGCCAGACUCACUACUGGAACCCAGUAUCAGUUCCGUGUCAAGGCCCAGAACAGAUAUGGCAUCGGCCCAUCCAUUUCCUCUGAACAAGUGGUAGCUGCCUAUCCAUUUGAUGUGCCAGGUCAGCCUGGCACGCCAGUGGUCACAUCAUUCAACAAGGAUGCCAUGACUCUUAGCUGGAAUGAGCCGUCCUCUGAUGGAGGAAGUCCCAUCCUGGGUUACCAUGUUGACAGAAAAGAGAAGAACAGCAUUCUGUGGCAGAGGAUCAGCAAAGCUCUUGUUGUUGGAAAUAUCUUCAAAUCCACAGGUCUUGUUGAUGGAAUUGCAUAUGAGCACCGUGUUAUUGCUGAAAACAUGGCUGGCCUCAGCAAACCCAGCAAACCCUCUGACACUAUGUAUGCUUUGGACCCAGUUGACCCACCAGGCAGACCCGUGGCACUGAAUAUCACUAGGCAUGAAGUGACAGUGUCUUGGACUAAACCAGAGGGAGAUGGUGGAUUUUCCAUUACUGGCUACACAGUGGAGAGGAGAGAGAUGCCCAACGGACGCUGGCUCAAAGCAAAUUUCAACAACAUUUUAGAAACCAUCUACACAGUCAGUGGUCUGAUUGAAGAUGCAACCUAUGAGUUCCGUGUAUUUGCCAGAAACUCAGCUGGAGCCCUCAGUGCUCCAUCCCAGUCAUCAGAAGCAAUCACAUGCAGAGAUGACAUUGAAGAGCCCAGGCUUGACGUUGACUCAUCAUAUAGCAGCAAUGUUGUUGUCAUGGCAGGAGAAAUAUUCAAGUUGGAGGCCAAUGUAACUGGUAGGCCGAUCCCGUCUUUGGUAUGGACCAAGGAAGGAAAGGAGCUUGAGGAUACAGGCAAGCUGGAGAUAAAGACAUCUGACUUCCAUACAACUCUCAUAAACAAAGACUCAUUGAGGAGGGACGGCGGUGCUUUCGUUCUGACUGCCAGCAAUCCUGGUGGCUUUGCCAAGUUCACAUUCAAUGUCAAGGUGCUGGACAGACCUGGACCACCAGACUCCCUCACUGUAACCGAUGUCACUGCUGAGAAAUGUGUUCUUAACUGGCUCCAUCCAACGCAUGAUGGCGGUGCCAAAAUUGAGUACUUUAUCAUUCAGAGGCGUGAGACCAGUAGGUUGGCGUGGACGAAUGUGGCCACAGACCUUCAAGCAAAUAGGUUCAAGGUCACCAAGCUUCUUAAGGGCAAUGAGUACAUAUUCAGAGUGAUGGCUGUCAAUAAGUAUGGCAUAGGUGAACCUCUGGAGUCUGAACCUGUCAUUUGUGCCAAUCCCUACGUUCCCAGUGACCCACCAUCACAGCCUGAAGUCACCACCAUUACCAAGGAUUCAAUGGUUGUCUGCUGGGAGCGUCCUGAACACGAUGGAGGCAGUAGAAUAAACACAUACAUCAUUGAAAGGAGGGAUAAGACUGGCCUACGCUGGGUGAAGUGCAACAAGAGGACAGUAACUGACUUGCGAUUCAAGGUCUCCGGCCUCACAGUAGGACACGAGUAUGAGUUCAGAGUUUUAGCUGAGAACAAUGCUGGUCUAAGCCAGCCUAGUCCUUCCAGUCCAUUCUACAAAGCAAUAGACACAAUCUUCCAGCCUGGACCUCCAGGAAACCCCAGAGUGCUAGACACAACCAAGUCUUCUAUCACUCUUGCCUGGAAUAAGCCUGUGUAUGAUGGUGGUUCUGAAAUCACUGGUUACAUUGUUGAGACCUGCCUGCCUGAGGAGGAUGAGUGGACAAUUCACACUCCCAAAAAGGGAUGGACAGCGACUUCCUUCACCAUCACCAACCUGAAGGAAAACCAAGAGUAUAAAGUCAAUAUCUGUGCCACUAACUGUGAAGGAGUUGGUGAGCCUGCUGCAGUUCCUGGAACCCCCAAGGCUGAAGACAGACUGCUUCCUCCAGAAAUAGAGCUUGGAGCAGAGCUGCGUAAGGUGGUCUGCAUCAGAGCUUGCAGCACACUCAGACUGUUUGUACCAAUUAAGGGUAGACCAGCACCUGAAAUAAAAUGGUCAAGAGAGCAUGGAGAAUCCCUCGACAAAGCUAACAUUGAAGUUACCCCAUCGUUCACUACUCUUCAGGUAGAAAAUGUGGACAGAUUUGAUGGAGGUAAAUACUUGGUAACUGUGGAAAACGCAUCAGGAAGCAAAACAGCCUUUGUUAAUGUCAGAGUACUAGAUACACCUGGUGCACCUCAGAAUCUGAUCAUCAAGGAGGUCACUAGAGAUUCAGUUUCACUUGUGUGGGAUGCACCUCUCAUUGAUGGUGGCUCCAGAGUUCGCAACUACAUUGUGGAAAAGCGAGAGUCAACCAGAAAGGCCUACUCAACUGUUUGUGCCAGCUGCCAUAAGUCUAGUUGGAAAAUUGGAGACCUGGAGGAAGGAAAGAUGUACUUCUUUAGAAUCCUGGCUGAGAAUGAAUAUGGCAUUGGCCUCCCAGUGGAGACUCUUGAACCAAUUAAAGUGUCAGAGAAGCCUCUACCACCAGGAAAAGUGUCCCUUCGUGAAGUUACCAGCACCAGUGUAACACUUACUUGGGAAAAGCCAGACCAUGACGGAGGAAGCAGAAUCACAGGCUAUAUUGUUGAGAUGCAGGGUAAAGGCAGUGAGAAGUGGACCCAGGUCAUGGUGGUUAAGACCAAUGAGGCUCAAGUAAUUGGCCUUACACAGGGAGAGGAGUACAUGUUCCGCAUUUCUGCCACCAAUGAAAAGGGAGUCAGUGACCCACGUCCUCUCAGUAUGCCUGUGGUGGCUAAAGACGUGGUCAUCUCUCCCACCUUCAAACUGCUCUUUAACACAUUCAGCGUACUAGCAGGAGAUGACCUGAAGAUGGAUAUUCCAUAUGCUGCCUGCCCCAAAGCCUCAGCAACAUGGCUCAAAGAUGGCGUUGCUCUUAAGGAGACAACAAGAGUCAAUGCUGAAGCCACAGACAAAAACCUACUCUUGGUCAUUAAGGAGGCUUGCAGAGAUGAUGUGGGCACGUACACUAUCAAACUGGUCAAUACAGCUGGAGAGGCAUCUACAGAUGUCAAUGUAAUUGUUUUAGAUAAGCCUGGUCCUCCCACUGGCCCGAUUAAGAUGGAUGACGUUACUGCUGACAGCGUAGUAUUGUCCUGGGAUCCACCACAGUAUGACGGCUGUUGCAGCAUCAAUAAUUAUAUUGUUGAAAAGAGAGAUACAUCUACCACUAACUGGCAAAUUGUGUCAGCUACAGUGGCCAGAACCACUAUCAAGGCAGCCCGUCUGAAAACUGGAUCUGAGUACCAGUUUAGAAUUGCUGCAGAGAAUAGAUACGGCAAGUCCUCAGCCCUGCUCUCUGAUACCAUCUUUGCUCAGUAUCCAUUUGAAGUUCCCGGCUCCCCACGCUCUGUUGUAGUACAGUCUGCCACCAAGGAGAGCAUGGUGGUCGUAUGGGACAAACCCAGCAGUGAUGGUGGAAGCAAAAUCCUUGGCUACCACUUAGAACUGAAAGAGAGAAACAGUAUUCUGUGGGUGAAACAGAACAAACAACUUAUCCCAGAGACAAGAUUCAAGGUUCUUGGCCUUGAGGAGGGCAUUGAAUAUGAAUUCAGAGUCUAUGCUGAGAACAUUGUUGGCCUCAGCAAAGUCAGCAAAGUGAGUGAAAUGCAAGUGGCUAGGGAUCCUUGUGACAGACCAGGAAAGCCAGAGGCUGUUAUUGUAACAAGGAGCCAAGUGACACUCAGGUGGACCAAACCCGAGUACGAUGCCGGCAUCAAGAUCACAGGUUAUGUGGUUGAGAAGAAGGAGGCAAAUGGCCGCUGGAUGAAGGCCAGUUUCGCCAACAUUAUUGAAACUCAAUUUGUUGUCACAGGACUUACAGAAGAUCAGGUUUAUGAGUUCCGUGUCAUUGCCAGAAAUGCAGCAGGCGUUUCCAGCCAGCCAUCUGAUUCUACUGGAGCCAUUACUGCCAAAGAUGAGGUGGAUCCGCCAAAGAUUGACCUGGAAGCCAAGUACUCCCAGGCAGUUGUGGUAAAUGCUGGAGAGACAUUCAAGCUUGAGGCUGCUGUCUAUGGUAAACCUGUGCCCACAGUACACUGGCUUAAGGGGGGCCAAGAGAUUACUGAAGCUGCUCGUUUAGAGCUCAAGAACACAGACUUUACAGCUUGUAUAGUUGUGAAAGAAGCUAUCCGUGUUGACGGAGGUCAGUACACUUUAUUGGUCAAAAAUGUUGGAGGAGAAAAAUCUGUUAACAUCAAUGUCAAGGUUUUGGACAGACCAGGUCCACCUGAGGGUCCUAUCUCCAUCUAUGGUGUCACCAGUGAAAAAUGUUCCAUCGCCUGGAAAUCUCCCUUGCAAGAUGGAGGAAGCGACGUUUCCUAUUACAUUGUUGAGAGGAGAGAAACUAGCAGAUUAGUUUGGACAGUAGUUGAGCCAAAAGUUCAGACACUGAACCUGAAAAUCACCAAACUCCUUCCUGGUAAUGAAUACAUCUUCAGAGUGAUUCCAGUAAACAAAUAUGGCAUUGGUGAGCCUCUGGAAUCUGAGUCAAUGAUUGCCAGAAAUCCAUUUAUUGCUCCCAGCCCACCAACAGAGGUUGAAGUUUCCACAAUCACCAAGGACUCUAUGGUGGUGACCUGGGAGAGACCAACUAAUGAUGGCGGCAGCCCCAUCCAGGGAUACAUUGUUGAGAAGCGUGACAAGGAUGGUGUGAGAUGGACCAGGUGCAACAAGCGCAAUGUGAGUGAACUGCGCUUCAGAGUGACAGGGCUCAUUGAAAACCAUAGUUAUGAAUUCAGAGUUUCUGCUGAGAAUGCCGCAGGAGUUGGGACACCGAGCAAAGAAACCGUGUAUUACAAAGCACUGGAUCCCAUCUUCAAACCAGGCCCACCAAACAAUCCUAAAGUGGUAGACACAUCAAGGUCCACUGUUUCCCUGACAUGGGGCAAACCCAUCUACGAUGGUGGCUGUGAGAUUCAGGCUUACAUCGUUGAGGCAUGUAAUGGGGCUUCUGAUGAGUGGUUUAUGUGCACUCCUCCUACUGGAAUCACGGACACUAAGUUUACAGUGACAAAGCUUCUGGAGAAGCAUGAGUACCAAUUCAGAGUGUGUGCAAUCAACAGAGUUGGUGUUGGUGAGCAUGCAGACUUUCCUGGAAAAAUUCUUCUGGAGGAGAAGCUUGAGGCUCCUGAUCUUGACCUGGAUGCUGAUAUGAGAAAGAUGAUCAAUAUCAGAUCAGCUUGUACUCUCAGAUUGUUUGUUCCUGUGAGAGGUCGUCCAGCUCCUGAGGUGAAAUGGGGCAAAGCUGACGGGGAGAUUAAGGAAACUGCACAGAUUGACAACACAGGCAGUUAUGCUUCACUCGUCAUUGAGAAUGUUGACAGAUUUGACAGCGGCAAAUACACCCUGACUGCAGAGAAUGCUAGUGGAGUGAAGUCAGUCUUCAUCAGUGUAAGAGUCCUGGACUCCCCUAGUCCACCAACUAACUUCAUAGUAAAAGAGAUUACAAAGAAUUCUGUCACUCUAACGUGGGAGCCUCCACUUCUGGAUGGUGGCUCAAAGAUUAAGCAUUAUAUUGUUGAGAAGCGUGAGAGCACUAGGAAAGUUUACUCUCCUAUCACCACCUGCAACAGGAUGACAUGGAAGGUCGAGUCUCUUCCUGAGGGAGGUAUCUUCUUCUUCAGAGUUCUGGCUGAGAAUGAAUACGGUGUGGGUCUCCCUGCAAAAACUUUAGAACCAAUUAAGAUAUCAGAGAAGCCUCAGCCACCUGGCAAAGUCAGUGUUCUUGACGUUACUUCUAGCACUGUAACCUUAGCCUGGGAGAAGCCUGUACACGAUGGUGGUAGUAGGAUCAGUCACUAUGAAGUUGAAGUGGCCCCUAAGGACAGUGAAGUUUGGUCAGUGUGCGCUACUGUGAAGGCCCUGGAGACAGUAGUUACAAACCUUCUCAAGGGAGAGGAGUACCACUUCAGAGUUGUUGCUGUCAACGAUAAGGGAAAAAGUGACUCAAGACAAUUGGCUCAAUCUGUUGUGGCAAAGGACCUUGUGAUAGAGCCCUCUGUAAGACCAAAGGUGAGCACCUACAGUGUCCAGGUAGGCUAUGAUCUCAAGAUAGAAGUCCCAAUUGCUGGCCAUCCAAAACCAACCAUCACCUGGACCAAGGAUGGAGCAGCCCUAAAGCAGACUACCAGAGUCAAUGUCACUGACUCAGCACAUCACACCACUCUCACCAUAAAGGAUGCCACCAAAGAGGAUGGUGGUAUGUACAGUAUCAAUAUCACUAAUUCCCUGGGAUCAAAGGAUGCCACUAUUGAGGUGAUCACCCUGGACAAACCAGGUCCACCUACAGGUCCUGUCAAGUUGGAGGAUAUCAGUGCUGAGAGUAUCACUCUUAGCUGGGAACCUCCUACAUACACGGGUGGCUGUCCAAUCUCCAACUAUGUGGUGGAGAAGAGAGACACAACCACAACCAACUGGGUAGUUGUGUCUGCUACUGUGGCCAGAACUACACUGAAGGUCUCAAAUUUGAAGACAGGAGCUGAAUACCAGUUUAGAAUCUGUGCUGAGAAUAGAUAUGGAAAGAGUUAUGCAAUUGAUUCAGAGCCUGUUUUGGCACAGUAUCCAUUCCAGGAGCCUGGGCCACCAGGAACCCCGUUUGUGUCUUCAUACACUAAAGACUAUAUGGUGGUUGAAUGGCAUAAACCCCCAUCUGAUGGAGGUAGUACCAUUUUAGGCUACCACCUGGAGAGGAAAGAAAAGAACAGUAUCCUCUGGACAAAGAUAAACAAAAUGCUCAUCCAAGACUGCAGGUUCAAAUCUGCUCCUCUUGAAGAAGGCAUUGAGUAUGAAUACAGAGUCUAUGCUGAGAAUAUUGUUGGUAUUGGAAAAUGCAGCAAGGUAUCCGAAGUUUAUGUUGCUCGUGACCCAUGUGAUCCUCCUGGCCGUCCUGAAGCUCUGAUUGUGACCAGGCACUCGGUGAAACUGAAGUGGACCCCCCCACAGUAUGAUGGUGGAAGUUUAAUUACCGGUUAUGUAGUGGAGAAACGUGACCUUCCCGAAGGAAAAUGGAUGAAGGCUAGCUUUGCAAAUGUCAUUGUACAGGAGUUCACAGUUACUGGCCUGACAGAAGACAAUAAAUAUGACUUCAGGGUAAUUGCAAAGAAUGCUGCUGGUGCUGUCAGCAAGCCCUCUGAGACGACAGGGUCGAUCACAGCCAAGGAUGAAAUUGAGCCACCUAAAUGUGAGACAGAUCCUAUGUAUAACCAAGCCCUGGUUAUUAAUGCUGGAGAGACCUUCAGUCUAGAGGCCAGGGUGGAGGGAAAGCCCAUCCCAGCAGCUCAGUGGUUCAAGGGAAAUGUUGAAGUUGAAAACUCAGCAAGAGCCGAAAUUAAAAAUACAGAUUUCAAAGCUUUGCUCGUUGUGAAAGAUGCCAUCAGAGUGGAUGGUGGACAGUACACACUGGUUCUAACAAAUGUGGGUGGUACUAAAUCUGUCCCAUUUGCUGUCAAGGUUCUGGAUAGACCCGGACCCUCAGAGGGACCUCUCACUGUGAGCAAUGUUACUGAGGAGAAAUGCUCACUUUCAUGGCUGCCACCCAGACACGAUGGAGGAGCUAGCAUUUCUCAUUACAUCAUUCAGAAGAGAGAAACCAGCCGCUUGGCAUGGACUGUGGUUUCCAGUGACUGUGGUGCUACCAUGUUCAAGGUUACUAAACUACUGAAGGGCAAUGAGUACAUAUUCAGAGUCAUGGCUGUCAACAAAUAUGGUGUUGGGGAGCCUCUGGAAUCAGCACCAGUCAUCAUGAGGAAUCCAUUUGUUCCUCCCGGCUCACCUCGGGAACUUGAGAUCACUAACAUUACCAGGGACUCCAUGACUGUUUGUUGGAACCGCCCUGAGACCACAGGAGGAAGUGAGAUUGGUGGUUACAUUGUUGAGAAGAGAGACAGAGCUGGAGUGAGGUGGACCAAGUGCAACAAACGCAGAGUGACAGAUUUACGUUUUAGGGUAACUGGACUGACUGAGGACCAUGAAUAUGAAUUCAGAGUAUCUGCUGAGAAUGCAGCUGGAGUGGGCCAACCAAGUCCACCUACACCCUACCUCAAAGCCUGUGACCCCACCUUUGAACCAGGCUGUCCUACCAACACCCAUGUGGUCGACACUAGCAAAGACACUGUCACUGUGGCUUGGCAUAGGCCUAUCUAUGAUGGUGGAUGCGAGAUUCAAGGAUAUGCUGUGGAAAUUACCAAGGCUGAUGAGGAGGAAUGGACUAUAUGCACCCCACCCUCUGGAGUUAAUGCUACCAAGUUUACCAUCAAAAAGUUGAUAGAACACCAAGAAUACAAGGUGCGCAUAUGUGCCAUCAAUAAGCUUGGUGUUGGCGAGCCUACAGAGAUCCAAGGAGUUGUGAAACCUAUGGAUACGAUUGAUCCUCCAGAAAUGAUUCUGAAUUCAGAGCUCAGGAAGGGAAUAGUUGUUCGUGCUGGAGGCUCAAUGAGAAUCUGCAUUCCAUUCAAGGGCCGUCCUACACCUGAGAUAAAAUGGGCCAAGGAAGAUGGAGAACUGCCAAGUAAAGUUCAGCUCGAGACAGGGGAAGAUUACACCCAGCUUUCCAUUGACAUUUGUGACAGAUAUGACGCCGGAAAAUACAUACUCAAAUUAGAAAACAGUGCAGGCACCAAAUCAGCGUUUGUCUCUGUAAAAGUCCUGGACACUCCAGGGGCUCCUCUAAAUCUGUCAGUGAAAGACAUUAAGAGGGAAAGUGUUACUUUGACCUGGGAGCCUCCUCUUAUUGAUGGUGGUUCAAGAAUCAAAAAUUACCUGGUUGAAAAGCGUGAGUCUACCAGGAAGGUUUAUUCUAAUGUGGACAACAAGUGCACAAAGACAAGCUAUCGUAUUACUGGCCUUACAGAGGGAACCAUCUACUAUUUCAGAGUAUUAGCUGAAAACGAGUUCGGUGUGGGACAAGGAGCUGAGACAGAAGAAUCCGUUAAGACUUCUGAGCCCCCUCUGUCUGUGGGUAAGGUCACACUGACUGAAGUGACUAAAACCAGUGCUUCACUCUCUUGGGAGAAGCCAGUUCAUGAUGGAGGAAGCAGGAUCAUUGGCUACUACAUUGAAAUGCAGCCUGUGGGCUCAGAGGAAUGGGUGGUGGCCACCACAUCCAAAUCUUGUGAGGGCACUGUCACAGGCCUCAGCGCAGGACACGAAUACUUGUUCAGAGUCUCAGCCUUCAAUGACAAGGGCAAGAGUGACCCCAGAGCACUUGCUGCACCAGUUACUGCUAAAGAUGUGACAGUCGAGCCCAGAUUCAAGAUGGCAUUCAACACUUACAGUGUACAGUAUGGUGAGGAUCUGAAGAUUGAGAUUCCGGUUAUUGGACGCCCUGUUCCCAAGGUUGAAUGGAAGAAGGGUGGACAGGCUCUUAAGGAGACAACCAGACUAAAUGUAUCAGGCACACCAACAUCUACUAAGCUGUUCAUUAAAGAUGCAAAUAAGGAGGACUCUGGAAAAUACUCUGUCACAGCCACCAGCAGCAUUGGAACAGCUACAGAGGAGAUUACCAUUAUCAUUCUUGAUAAACCUGGGCCACCCACAGGGCCUGUGAAGAUUGAGGAGGUAAGCUCUAAUUAUGUCAGUCUCUCCUGGGAGCCACCAGAGUAUACAGGAGGCUGUCAGAUAAACAACUACAUUGUGGAGAAGAGAGACACUACCACCACCGCAUGGCAGAUUGUGUCUGCUACUAUUGCAAGGACAACUAUCAAGGUCACCAAUUUGAAGACCGGCACUGAGUAUCAGUUCAGAGUGUCUGCUGAGAAUAGAUAUGGAAAGAGUUCUGCCAUAGUCUCUCCAGCUGUUAUUGCUCAGUAUCCAUUCACUGAGCCUUCUGCCCCAGGGACACCAGUAGUUUCUGCUGCAACCAAAGACAACAUGGUUGUUGAAUGGAAACCUCCUACCAACAAUGGAGGCAGUCCCAUCUUAGGUUACCACCUUGAAAGGAAGGAGAAGAACAGCCUGUUGUGGACUAAACUCAACAAGCUUUUAAUCCCAGAUGCACGUUUCAAAACUACAGAACUCGAAGAAGGUAUUGAGUAUGAAUUCAGAGUUUAUGCUGAGAACAUUGCUGGUCUCAGCCCAGCUAGCAAAAUAUCUGAGAGCACAGUGGCCAGGGACCCUUGUGAUCCACCAGGAACUCCCGAGGCUAUUGACAUUACCAGAAACCAUGUGACACUUCAGUGGACCAGACCUCAGUAUGAUGGAGGCAGCGUAAUCACUGGCUAUUUGAUUGAAAGGAGGAAGCACCCAGAUACCCGCUGGAUGAAGGCCAGCUUCACCAACAUCAUUGACACCCAGUUCACACUCACUGGUCUGACUGAGGACUGUGUUUAUGAGUUUAGAGUUGUUGCCAGGAAUGCUGCUGGCAUUUCUAGUCGACCCUCUCAGAGCACAGGAGAAAUUACAGCCAAAGAUGAAAUUGAGGCUCCAGAGGCCACCCUGGAUUCUAAAUUCAAGGAUCUGACCAUAGUUAAUGCCGGUGACACAUUCGUCAUUGAUGCCGACUACACUGGCAAGCCUCUGCCUGAAGUAAUAUGGUUAAAGGAUGGAAAGGAGAUUGAUAAAACCACACCGAGAAUGGAGGUCAAGACCACACUUACGCAUACCAUGCUGACAGUCAAGGAUUGUAUCAGAGUGGAUGGUGGCCACUUUACCCUCAAACUUGUCAAUGUGGGAGGAGUUAAGAUGAUCCCAAUUAAUGUUAAAGUUCUGGAUAGACCUGGUCCUCCAGAUGGCCCCUUAGAAGUCAAAGGGGUUACAGCAGAGAAAUGUUAUCUGCACUGGAAUCAUCCCUCACAUGAUGGUGGUGCAAGCAUUUCCCACUACAUAAUUGAGAAGAGAGAGACUAGUCGUUUGUCGUGGACUAUGGUUGAGCCGAAGAUCCAGGCAAUCAGCUACAAAAUUACAAAACUGCUGCCUGGCAAUGAGUACAUUUUCAGAGUCACUGCUGUGAAUAAAUAUGGUGUUGGUGAGCCUUUAGAAUCGGAGCCCGUCAUUGCUCGUAACCCCUUCACCACUCCUAGUGCCCCAUCCACCCCAGAGCCCAGUGCUAUCACCAGGGAUUCCAUUGUGCUUACCUGGGAGAGGCCAGAGGAUAAUGGAGGAGCUGAGAUUGAAGGAUAUGUCUUAGAAAAACGUGAUAAAGAUGGCAUCAGAUGGACUAAGUGCAACAAGAAGAGACUGAAUGACCUGAGAUUCAGAUGCACUGGUCUCACAGACGGCCACUCUUAUGAAUUCAGGGUCUCUGCUGAAAAUGCUGCUGGUGUGGGAAAGCCUAGUGCACCAACUCAGUAUAUCAAGGCCUGUGAUGCCACAUACCCACCAGGACCUCCAAAUAACCCUAAAGUCACUGACCAUUCAAGCACCACAGUGUCCCUCUCCUGGUCCAGACCUAUCUAUGAUGGUGGAGCACAGAUCACUGGAUAUGUUGUUGAAGUCAAGGAGGCAACAGAUGAUGAAUGGAUUGUUAGCACGCCGCCGACUGGUGUCCAAGCCACUCACUACACUGUAAAGCACCUGAAAGAGAAUGCGGAGUACAACUUCCGCAUUUGUGCCUUUAACUGUGAGGGAGUAGGAGAGCAUGUUGACCUCCCUGGGUCUGUCAUAGCUGCAGAGAAACUGGAAGCCCCUGAAAUUGAACUAGAUGCUGACCUGAGGAAGAUGGUCAAUGUACGCGCCAGCGCCACCCUGCGUCUCUUUGUGACAAUCAGAGGAAAGCCUGAGCCAGAGGUCAGAUGGUCAAAGGCUGAUGGCACUCUAAAUGAACGUGCCCAGAUUGAUGUUACAAGCUCCUACACAAUGCUGGUGAUUGAGAAUGUUGACCGAUUUGACACUGGAAAAUAUGUCUUGACCCUUGAGAACCUCAGCGGCUCUAAAUCAGCCUUCAUCAAUGUCAGAGUUCUGGACUCCCCAAGUGCUCCUACAAACCUGGAGGUCAAGGAUGUGAAAAGGAAUUCUGUCUCAAUCUCUUGGGAACCUCCUCUGAUUGAUGGUGGGGCUAAGAUAUCACAUUAUAUCGUGGAGAAGAGAGAACAGAAGCGAAUGGCUUUCACUAGUGUUUGUACAAACUGUGUGAGAAACUCCUACAUAAUUUCUGACCUGCAGGAGGGUGGCCGAUACUAUUUCCGUGUGUUGGCUGUGAAUGAGUUGGGAGUAGGCCUACCUGCCUCUACAGAUCAAGUCAAGGUAUCUGAGGCUCCUUUGCCUCCAGGUAAGGUGAUACUGGUUGAUGUCACUCGCCAUACUGUCACCCUUUCCUGGGAAAAACCUGAUCACGAUGGAGGCAGUAAGAUUACAAACUAUGUUGUGGAGAUGCAGCCCAAGGGAGAUGACAAAUGGACUGUGUGCAGUGAAGUCAAAGCACUAGAAGCUACUAUUGAUGGACUCACAACCGGAGAGGAAUACUCCUUCAGGGUGAUUGCUGUGAAUGAUAAGGGCAGGAGUGACGCCAAGCCUCUAGCUACCCCUGUGGUGGUGAAGGACAUCACAGUGGAGCCCACCAUCAACCUGUUGUUUAAUACAUACAGUGUGAAAGCAGGAGAUGACUUGAAGAUUGAUGUCCCCUUCAGAGGAAGACCUCAGCCUGAGGUUUCUUGGAAGAAAGAUGGCCACGUGCUUAAGCAGACAACCAGGGUCAAUGUUCUUAAUUCAAAGACCUCAUCCAAGGUUAUCAUCAAAGAUGCCACCAAGGAGGAUGCAGGAAAGUACGAGAUUACCCUGACUAACUCAGUUGGCACCAAGACAGCUGAAGUCUCAGUUAUAAUCCUUGACAAACCUGGCCCACCCAGCAACAUUAAGUUCGAUGAGGUUAGUGCUGACUUCAUCUGUCUCUCUUGGGAUCCUCCAGCCUAUGAUGGUGGAUGCCAGAUAAACAACUAUGUGGUGGAGAAGAGAGACACUACCACUACAACAUGGCAGAUUGUCUCAGCCACGGUUGCCAGGUCAUCCAUAAAGAUUUCUCGUCUCACUCAGGGAACAGAAUAUCAGUUCCGCAUUGCUUCUGAGAACCGCUAUGGCAAGAGUUCUGCCAUUGAUUCUGCUCCUGUUGUUGCUCAGUAUCCAUUUGAGCCUCCUGGUCCUCCUACCAACCUUCAUGUUGAACAUGCUACUAAGACUGGCAUGCUUGUAGUGUGGGGCAGACCUGCCAGUGAUGGCGGAAGCCCUGUCAUUGGUUAUCACAUUGAAUGCAAAGAGCAAAGUAGCAUCCUGUGGACCAAGGUCAAUAGAGGCCUGCUGGCAGAGAACCAGUUUAAGAUGACAGGAAUCGAAGAAGGCCUGCUAUAUCAGUUCAGAGUUUAUGCUGAGAAUAUUGCUGGCAUCGGUCCAUGCACAAAGGCCUGUGAUCCUGUGGCAGCCAGGGAUCCAUGUGAACCUCCACAUGACCUUAGAGUCACAAAUAUUACCAGAACCUCGGUUUCCCUCUGCUGGGAGAAGCCAGAGUUUGUUAUUGGAGCAAAGAUUACGGGCUACAUUGUUGAGCGUAGAGAGCUACCCAAUGGUCGCUGGCUGAAAUGCAACUUCACCAAUCUGCAAGACACCUACUAUGAUGUCACAGGCCUCACAGAAGAUGUCCAAUAUGACUUCCAUGUUAUUGCCAAAAAUUCUGCAGAACUUUUGAGUGUUCCUUCUGAGGCCACCGGUCCUGUCACUGUCAAGGAUGAUGUAGACCCUCCCACUAUUAUCCUGGAAGAUAAAUUCAGGCAGUUGGUUGUUGUUAAGGCUGGAGAUAUCAUUGCAAUCGAUGCUGAAAUCACAGGCCGUCCACUCCCUGUUGUCUCAUGGUCUAAGGAUGGAAAAGAGAUUCAGGCCAAGGCCAGGUGUGAAAUCACCUCCACCAACUUCACAACUUCCCUGAUUGUCAGAGAUGCAAUCAGGAGAGACUCUGGUCAGUAUGUCCUGACUCUGCACAAUGUAGCAGGAACAAGGUCUGUGGCUAUCAACUGUAAGGUUCUGGACAGACCUGGUCCAGCCUCAGGACCUUUGGCAGUGUCUGGCCUCACAGCAGAGAAAUGCACGCUAACAUGGGGACCCCCUCAGGAAAAUGGUGGUGCAGAAAUCAUGCACUAUAUUGUUGAGAAACGUGAGACCAGUCGUCUUGCCUGGACUCUCGUCUAUGGUGACAUGAAGGCAACUACCUGUAAAGUGACCAAGCUGCUCAAAGGAAAUGAGUACAUCUUCAGAGUCAGAGGAGUCAACAAAUAUGGAGAUGGUGAGGCCCUUGAGAGCGAGCCAACAAAAGCCAUGGAUCCAUUCACUGUGCCUGCAGCACCCACUAAUGUCCAGGUCACGUCAGUUACAAGUGAGGCCAUGACCAUCUGUUGGGAAAGACCAGUUUCCGAUGGUGGCAGCAGCAUCUCUAGCUACGUGAUUGAAAGGCGGGAGAAGACUGGCCUCCGCUGGUGCCGUGUCAACAAGAAACCUGUUUAUGAUCUCAGAGUCAAAGCCUCACACCUCCGUGAGGGCUGUGAGUAUGAGUACAGAGUGUUUGCAGAGAAUGCUGCUGGCCUCAGUGCUCCUAGUGUCCCUUGUCCACUCACAAAGGCUGAAGAUCCACAGUUCCUGCCCUCACCCCCUGCUAAGCCCAAGAUCAUUGACUCUACAAAGACUACAGUGACACUGUCAUGGAAUAAGCCACUAUUUGAUGGUGGAGCCCCUGUGACUGGUUACCGAGUAGAGUACAGGAAGACAUUAGAUGAUGAAUGGUUUGUAGGAGUCCUGAACACCAAGAACACAGAGUUCACUGUGGUGGGACUGACACCUGGAGCUGAAUAUGUGUUUGUUGUCAAGUCCAUUAAUAAGAUGGGAGUCAGCGAGCCCAGCCCUGAAUCAGACAAACAAGUUGCCAAAGAAAGAGAGGAGGAGCCAGUGUUUGACAUCAGCAAUGAGAUGAGGAAGACUCUUAUUGUGAAGGAUGGAAGCUCAUUCACAAUGACAGUACCCUUCAGAGGAAAACCCAUCCCCAGUGUUACUUGGACUAAGCCUGAUGUUGACCUUAGAGUCCGUGCUGUCAUUGACACCACAGACACCUUCACCUCCAUCACGCUGGAAAAGGCGACUCGCAACGACUCUGGAAAAUACACCGUCACCUUAUCCAGCAUAGCUGGAACUGCCUCCUUGUCGCUUAAUGUCAGGGUCCUGGACUCGCCCGGCCCUCCUGCCCACAUAGAGGUCAAGGAUGUAACUAAGACUUCUGCUACUGUAACUUGGGACACUCCUGAGAAUGAGGGAGGAGGACCGGUGAAGAAUUACCUUGUCGAUUUCCGCGAGGCUAGCAAGAAAGGCUGGACGAGGUUGACAGAUACGUGCCACAGGCUGACCUACAAGGUGACUGACUUGCAGGAGGGAGGAGUCUACUACUUUAGAGUGACAGGCGAGAAUGAGUAUGGCACUGGUGUUCCUGCUGAGACCAAAGACGGAACCAAGAUCACAGAAAAACCAAGUCAGCCACCAAAGUUGGGUGCAACUGAAGUGACCAAGGACAGCGUGUCCUUGGUCUGGGCCAAACCAGAGCAUGAUGGAGGAAGCAGAAUUACUAGUUACCUGGUGGAAGCACUAGAGAAAGGCCAGGAGAAAUGGGUUAAGUGUGGUGUGACCAAGUUUGUGCACUUAACUGUGUCUGGAUUGCGGGAGAAUGCCGAGUACUUCUUCAGAGUCAGAGCUGAGAACCAUGCUGGAUUCAGUGAAGCAAAGGAAAUGGUCACCCCUGUAGUCGUCAAAGACCAGCUUGAAUCUCCUGAGAUCAACAUGAAGGACUUCCCUCAUAACACAGUGUAUGUCAGAGCUGGUUCAACCCUUAAAUGCGAGAUCCCGCUGUCAGGCCGGCCUUUACCCAAAGUUACUCUGUCCAAGGACAAUACGCUGCUGAAGUCAACAAUGAGGUUCAACUAUGAAGUCACCCCUGACAGUAUCAAGAUCAUUUUGCGUGAGAGCAUUGCUGGAGACUCAGGACGUUAUGAAAUCACUGCCUCCAACACCAGUGGAACCACCAAGUCCUUUGUGAAUAUUGUGGUACUGGACCGCCCAAGCGCCCCACUUGGACCUGUGGAGCUGUUUGACAUCACAGAGGACAGCGUCAGUUUGAAGUGGCUUCCACCAUUGUAUGACGGUGGCAGCCCCAUCACCAACUACAUCAUCCAGAAGAGAGAAACCACCACAGCCAACUGGAUGGAUGUCUCCUCUGCUGUGGCCCGCUGCACCAUGAAGAUCAUGAAGCUGAAAACUGGCCAUGAGUACCAGUUCAGAAUCAGGGCAGAGAACAGAUAUGGAAUCAGUGAACACAUUGACUCACCAACUGUCAGUGUCAGCCUGCCUUACACUAUUCCCGAUGCUCCAUCAACUCCAGAAAUCACUGCUGUAACCAGGGAGACCAUCACUGUAGCCUGGAAGGAGCCCAAGUCAGAUGGAGGAAGCCAUGUGUUUGGCUACCAUCUUGAGAUGAAAGACAGGAACAGCAUCCUUUGGCAGAGAGUUAACAAGAUGGUGAUCCGUGCGACACACUAUAAGGUCACCAACAUAAACGCUGGACUUAUUUAUGAGUUCAAGGUGGCAGCAGAGAACGCAGCUGGAAUCAGUGCUUUCAGCAAGAUUUCUGAUGCAGUCUUGGCUAUUGAUGCAUGUGAGCCCCCCAUCAACUUGCGCAUCAGUGACAUCACCAAGAACUCUGUUAGCCUGGCCUGGCAGAAGCCCAACUAUGAUGGUGGAUCCCCAGUCACUGGCUACAUCAUUGAAAAGAGAGAGGGUGUUAGUACCAAGUGGUUCAAGACCAACCUCACCAAUGUCACAGACACCCGCUACACCGUGACCGGCUUGACCCAGGAUGAGACCUACGAGUUCAGAGUCAUGGCCAAGAAUGCAGUUGGCUCAGUGAGCAACCCAUCCAUGACUGCUGGACCAGCCACAUGUGUGGACACCUAUGGUGCUCCAGAAAUUGAAGUACCACAGGAGUACUUCAGUGAGGUCAAGCAAAAGGCUGGCUCUGACGUGGAGCUCAAAUUCAAUGUCAUAGCCAAACCUGCUCCCACUAUUGAGUGGUUUAAGGAUGGCAGAGAGCUUGAGCCGACCGCCCAGCUGUCUUUCAAACACACAUUCGAGUCCACCAGUGUGUUCCUUAAGGAAACCACUCGUCUGAACUCUGGAACCUAUGAGGUCAGGGUGAAGAACUCCCUGGGAUCUGCCUGUGCCAUUGUCCGACUGCUCAUUCAAGACAAGCCCGGCCCCCCUGCUGGAGAGAUUCAGUUCAAGAAGGUGACAGCUGACAACAUCACCAUCAUGUGGUCCCCACCCUCUGAUGAGGGUGGAGCCAUGGUAACUCAUUACAUCGUAGAAAAAAGAGAGACCCGCAGAAUAAUGUGGUCCAUAGUGUCUGAAAAACUUGUCGACUGCAUCAUCAACGUGCCCAGACUCAUCCAGGGUAACGAGUACAUCUUCAGAGUUCGUGGAGUCAACAAGUACGGCGUCGGCGACGCACUGGAGUCUGAGCCUGUAAUCGCCAAGAAUGCAUUUGUUCCACCUAGUGAACCCUCCAAGCCUAAAGUCAGCAUGAUCACCAAGUCCACCAUGACAGUUAUCUGGGAAAGACCAGCACUGGAUGGAGGCAGUGACAUUGAUGGCUACUACCUAGAGAAAAGGGAGAAGAAGAGUCUACAGUGGUUCAAGGUUGUGAAGGGCACCAUUAGAGACACAAGGCAGAAAGUGAUCAAUUUGGUGGAGAACAACGAGUACCAGUACAGAGUUUGUGCGGUCAACAAGGCUGGGGCAGGAAACUACUCUGAGCCCUCUGACCUCUACAAGGCCUAUGACCCCAUUGAUCUGCCAGGUGAACCCUCCAAGCUGCGUGUGGUGGACUCCACAAAGACCUCCAUCACCCUCGGCUGGGAGAAGCCUGUCUAUGAUGGUGGCAGUGAAGUCACACAUUACCUUUUGGAGCAGAUGAACUCAGAGGAGAAGGAAUGGGUGACUGUCAACCCACAGGUCAAGGCCUGUGAGUAUGUGGUGUCCCACCUCAAACCAGGCAUCUACUACUUCUUCAGAGUCUCAGCUGUCAACUGCAAGGGCAAAGGAGAAGAAAUCAAAAUGUACCAGCCAGUGCAAGCCAAAGAUAUUUUGGAGGAGGCUGAUUUGGACUUGGAUGUUCCCAUGACAACUCAAUACACAGCCAAGGCCGGCCGUGACGUGGAAGUGUUUAUUCCCCUGAAGGGACGCCCCGCCCCCAAUGUCACCUGGCGCCGUGGUGACCGCAACAUCGCGGGCGAUAACCGCUAUACGAUCAACAGCACCGAGAGAGCCACCACUCUUCUCAUCCCCAAAGUCACCCGUGAUGACUGUGGCAAGUAUCUGCUGGAGAUUGAGAACGGCGUGGGAGAGCCUAAGAUUAUCACCGUUUCUCUGAAGGUUCUGGACAGUCCGUCCACCUGUCAGAAAAUGAUGAUCAAGAACGUGACAAGAGGAAAGCUCACCCUGAGCUGGGAGGCUCCUCUCAUUGAUGGUGGUUCACCUGUCACUAAUUAUAUAGUUGAGAAAAAGGCCUCCACUAUGAAGGCCUACCAGGUCAUCACUGCGGAGUGUUUGAACACAACUUACAAGGUGACUGGCCUGGAAGAGGAUGUAGCUUACUUCUUCCGCGUGUCUGCUGAAAAUGAGUUUGGUGUUGGUGACACUUGCGAGACCACUGAGCCUGUCAGAGCAACAGAAACUCCAGGAGCUGUCAAAAACCUGGUGAUGGUGGACUCCACAAAGAACUCUGUUACCCUGCAGUGGACCAGACCCGACCAUGACGGUGGCAGCCACAUCAGUGAUUAUAUCAUUGAAAAGAGAACCAAAGAGGAUCCCACGUGGACUUUAGGUGCUACAUGCAAGCGCUGCACAUGUGAGGUGACAGGACUCAAGGAGAAUGCUGUCAUGGAUUUCAGAGUCUUUGCUAAAAAUGAGAAGGGAAAUAGUGACUUCUCUCAGAUUGGUCCGAUCACAGUGGUGGACUUAAUCAUUCCACCUGAAGCAAGCCUCAGCGAUUACCCCAAUGGAGAGCUCGCUGUUCGUAUCGGUCAAAACAUCCACAUUGAGCUCCCCUUCAAGGGCAAACCAAGACCUGCAAUCAGCUGGCUGAAAGACAACUUGCCUCUGAAGGAAAGUGAUAAGAUUCGCUUCAGGACCACUGACAACAAGACUGCAGUCACAGUCAGAGGAGCCAAGAAGGAGCAUGCUGGCCAGUACACCUUGGUUCUGGACAACAGAGUCAUCAAGAACUACUUCGACAUCAAUGUGAUCACUCUGGGACCCCCAUCUAUGCCUGUUGGCCCUGUCCGCUUUGACGAGAUAAAGGCUCAGAGUAUCAUCAUUUCCUGGGAUGAGCCAAAAGAAGAUGGAGGUGGUGAGAUCACCUGCUACAGUGUGGAGAAACGUGAAACCGCCCAAGCCAACUGGAAGAUGGUCUGUUCCAGUGUUGUCAGGACCAGCUUCAAGAUUCCCAACCUGGUCAAGGGAACUCAGUACCAGUUCAGAGUUCGUGCAGAAAACAAAUAUGGAGUCAGUGAACCACUCAUCUCCACAGAGGUUGUGGCCCAGCACCAGUACAAAGCUCCAGGCCCCCCAGGAAAACCUGUGGCAUACAACGUCACUAGUGAUGGUAUGUCAAUCAGGUGGGAGGCCCCAGGCUUUGACGGUGGUUCCCCUAUUUUAGGUUAUCAUGUUGAGAAGAAGGACAGGAACAGCCUCUUGUGGCAGAAGGUGAACUCCACCAUAAUCUCCAACAGGGAGUACAGGAUCAUUGGUCUCAUGGAGGGUCUGGAGUACUCCUUCAGAGUCUAUGCGGAGAACAACGCUGGACUCAGUCCCGUUAGUGAACAGAGCAAACAUGCACUCGCCAUCUCCCCUGUUGAUCCACCUGGCACUCCUGUCUGCAUCGAUGUGACCAGAGAUUCAGUCACUCUGCAGUGGGAUAUCCCCAAGAGAGAUGGUGGCAGCAAAAUUGUGGCCUAUAGUGUGGAGAGGCGCCAAGGCAGAGGCAAAUGGCUGCGAUGCAACUUCACUGAUAUCAGCGAGACCCAGUUCACCGUGACUGGUCUGUCGCCUGGAGACAGGUUUGAGUUCAGAGUGAUUGCCAGGAAUGCUGUUGGCACAGUCAGUCCACCUUCAAAUUCCUCUGGAUACAUCAUGACCAAAGAUGAGAGCAUUGCUCCUGAGAUUGAGUGGUCUCCAGACCAAGUGACCGUCCUCAGGGCCGGAGAAAAUGUCAAGCUCAGCUGCAAAAUCACUGGACGUCCAGUUCCCCAGGUUGUUUGGUAUAAGGACGGCAAAGAGAUCGACAAGAGGACAAUGAUUGACAUUGAGAUUACCACUGCCAUUGGCACAAGCAAUGUGUUCAUACGCGAUGCUGACAGGAACCACCGUGGAAUUUACACCAUUGAGGCCAAAAAUAGCUCUGGCACCAGGAAAGCUGACGUUAAUGUCAGAGUGCAAGAUACACCUGGACCUGUUGAGGGUCCUAUUCGUUUCACUGGUAUCACAGCUGAGAAGUGCACAGUGUGGUGGAACCCACCAGAGAAUGACGGCUGUGCUGCCAUCACCCACUACGUGGUGGAGAAGAGGGAGACAUCCAGGAUCUCCUGGGCUACGGUCACAUCCAAGUGUGAAGCUUGUUCCUUCAAUGCCACCAACCUCAUCAAAGGCAAUGAAUACCAGUUCAGAAUCUCUGCUGUCAACAAGUUUGGUGUCGGCAAACCACUGGACUCUGUCCCUGUCAUUGCACAGAUGCAGUACACUGUACCUGAUGCCCCUGGUACCCCAGAUGCCACCCAUGUGACCGGAAACAGCAUCACCAUGUGCUGGACCAGGCCAAGGUCAGACGGAGGCAAUGAGAUCAAACACUACAUCCUGGAGAGGAGAGAGAAGAAGAGCCUGCGCUGGGUGAAGGUUUCCUCCAAGAGACCCAUCACAGAGCUAAGGCACCGUGUCACUAACCUCACUGAGGGCAAUGAGUACGAGUUCCGUGUUAUGGCUGAAAAUGGCGCCGGCGUCGGCCCAGCCAGCAGUACCUCCAGGCUUUUCAAAUGCAGAGAGCCGACCAGUGCUCCUAGCGCUCCCACUGUGAUCAAGGUCAUUGACUCCACCAAGUCCUCAGUCACCCUGGAAUGGACCAAGCCAGUCUUCGAUGGUGGCAUGGCAAUCAUUGGCUAUAACAUCGACAUGUGUAAAGCCAGUCUGGAGGAAUGGCACAGGGUCAACAGCCAGAUCUGUAUCCACACCAAGUACACUGCCAAGGGCUUGAUACCUGGCGAGCUCUACAAGUUCAGGGUCAGUGCUGUGAAUGGAUCAGGAGAGGGUGAAGCCUCUGUGAUGCCCAACCCUGUUCAGGCUUUGGACAGACUUACAUCUCCUGAAAUUGACAUUGAUGCCAACUUCAAGCAAACUCACAUUGUGAAGAACGGAGGCACCGUCACCCUUCACAUUGCUUUCAGAGGAAAGCCAGCUCCUCUUGCCACCUGGUCUAAGGCUGACGGUGAGCUGCCUGUCAUGGCUGAUGUCAACACCACAGAUUCAUUCUCUACUCUCACCAUUGAGAGUUGUACUAGGUAUGAGGCUGGCAAAUACACACUGUCCCUAGAGAACAACAGUGGGCGCAAGUCCAUCACAUUCACUGUAAAAGUGUUGGACACUCCUGGUCCUCCAGGAGCCAUCUCCUUCAAAGACGUUACCCGUGGAGCCUUGACUCUGAUGUGGGAUGCCCCUACCAAUGAUGGUGGAUCCCGAAUCCACCACUACAUUGUGGACAAGCGUGAGGCAAGCCGUCUAGCCUGGCAAGAGGUCACCACCAAGUGCUCUCGCCAAAUGAUCAGGGUAACUGGUCUGGAUAUUGGCGUGCCAUACUUGUUCAGAGUGAUUGCCGUCAACCAAUACGGCCAGGGAGAACCUCAUGAGAUGACAGAGCCUAUAAUUGCCACAGAAGAACCUGCACCACCCAAGAGAUUAGACGUUGUCGACACCACCAACUCCACAGCCUCCCUGGUGUGGCUGAAACCUGAGCAUGAUGGAGGCAGCCAUAUCAGAGGCUAUAUUGUUGAAUGCAGAGCUAAGGGCACUGACCGCUGGGUUGUUAGCGGAGAGACAAAGUCCUUGAAGAUGCUGGUGGAGGGCCUGACUGAGAACACAGCGUAUGACUUUAGAGUUAAGGCCAAGAAUGAUGCUGGAAUCAGUGAGCCCCAGGGCACCUUCAGCUCCGUGGUCAUUAAGGAGCCUUGCAUCGAACCAACUGCUGAUCUCAGUGGCAUCACCAACCAGCUCAUCACCUGCAAGACUUCCAACACCUUCACAAUCGACAUCCCCAUCAGUGGCAGACCUGCGCCCAAGGUCAACUGGAAGCUGGAGGAGAUGAAGCUAAAGGAGACAGACAGACUUUCUAUCAAAACAACAAAGGAGAGGACCACUCUUGUGGUGAAAGACAGCAAGAGAAGUGACAGCGGCAAGUACUACCUGACCCUGGAGAAUGCUGCUGGUGUGAAGACAUUCACAGUGACUGUGGUCAUUGUCGGCAGACCUACUCCACCCACAGGCCCUGUGGAGAUUUCUGGAGUCUCUUCAGAGUCCUGUUCCCUGGCCUGGUCCGAGCCAGCUGAUGAUGGCGGCACUGACAUCACCAACUAUAUUGUUGAAAAACGAGAGUCUGGCUCUGCUUCCUGGCAAGUGGUCAACUCCAGCGUGAAGAGAACCACUAUCAAAGUGACUCAUCUUACCAAAUAUAUGGAGUAUACCUUCAGAGUGUGUGCCGAGAACAAGUUUGGAGUCAGCAAAUCCAUCGAGUCUGCUCCUGUUGUAAUUGAACAUCCAUUUGUUCCUCCAAGUCCUCCAACUCGUCCAGAUGUGGUAUCCGUGUCCUCCAAUGCCAUUAACAUCAAAUGGGAUGUACCAUAUGCUGAUGGCGGCAGCCAGGUCACUGGCUACUGGAUCGAGAAGAAAGAGAGGAAUACAAUUCUGUGGGUGAGGGAGAACAAGCUGCCCUGCCUGGAGUGCCAUUACAAGGUGUCCAACCUGAUCGAAGGCCUGGAGUACCAGUUCAGGGUGUAUGCCAUGAACCUUGCCGGACUCAGCAAGGCCAGCGAGGCCUCCAGACCUGUGGUGGCUCUCAAUCCUGUUGAUCCUCCUGGUAAACCUGAGGUGACCGACAUUAGCCGCUCCUCUGUGUCUUUGUGCUGGACCAUACCGUUUAACGACGGCGGCAGUAAGAUAAUCGGUUACGUGGUGGAGAGGAAAGUCUACAGCACAGACGAGUGGGAUGACAACCGUUGGCUCAAGUGCAACUACACCACAAUCACAGAGAACUACUUCACAGUCACAAACUUGGGAGAGGGAGAGACCUAUGAGUACCGUGUCAUUGCCAAGAAUGCCGGUGGCGUCCACAGUGCACCCUCUGAGUCCACCGGACCAGUCACAUGCAAGGACGAAUACUCUCCUCCCAAAGCUGAGCUUGACAGCAAACUGAUAGGCGAGACCGUCACCAUUGCUGCUGGUUCUGACCUCGUCCUGGAUGGUGCUGUUGGUGGUAAACCAGAACCCACUGUGUACUGGUCCAAGGGAGACAAGAUUUUGGAACUCGGAGAAAAAUAUUCGCUGACGUACACCUCCACCAGAGCCAUGGCUGUCAUCAAGAACUGUGACAGAUAUGACACAGGCAGAUACAUCCUGACCGUCAAGAACGCCAGUGGAACCAAGACAGCAGGCGUCAGUGUUAAAGUUCUGGAUACUCCUGGGCCUCCAGCUGAUAAGAUUGUGAUCAGCAGAGUGACGGAGGAGAAGUGUACAGUGUCUUGGAAGAUUCCUCUGGAGGACGGUGGCGACUCUGUCACCCAUUACAUUGUGGAGCGUCGUGAGACCAGCCGCCUUAACUGGGUCAUUAUGGAGACCGAAUGCAAGACACUCUCAUGUGUUAGCUCCAGGCUGAUCAAGAAUAACGAGUACAUCUUCAGAGUUAGAGGAGUCAACAAAUUUGGGCCUGGAGUACCUCUGGAGUCCGAUCCGGUUAUUGCCAGGAACGCCUACACCAUCCCUUCACAGCCAGGAACACCGGAGGCCACAGCGGUGGCUAAGGAGCACGUCAUCAUUGAGUGGCUGAAGCCUGAGAGUGAUGGCGGCAGUGAGAUCAAAAAUUACAUUGUGGAUAAACGAGAGAAGAGCAGCACCAGGUGGACUCGUGUGAAUAAGACUUACACCAUCUACGAUACCCGUCUGAAGAUCACAGGCCUACUGGAGGGAAGCGAGUACCAGUUCAGAGUAACAGCUGUCAACGCUGCUGGAGACAGCCAACCGAGCGACGCCUCCCCAUACAUCCUCUGCAAAGACCCCACAUACACCCCAGCUCCUCCAUCAAUGCCUCGCAUUACCGACACGACUAAGCACAGCAUCAGCAUGACCUGGACCAGGCCCAUGUAUGACGGUGGCUCAGAUGUCACUGGCUACGUGGUGGAGAUCCUGGAGGAGGGCACUGAGCAGUGGUACCGCGCCACAGCUAAGGCUAUCAAGACUAAUGAAUAUGUGGCCGCUGGCCUGGCAGCCAAUAAGAAAUACAGAUUCAGAGUGGCGGCCAUCAACAGCAAUGGCACUGGAGAGUUCAGCGAACCAAGUGCUGAGAUAGAGCCACUGGAGAGAAUUGAAAUACCGGACCUGGAGCUGGCCGACGACCUGAAGAAGACGGUGUGUCUGCGUGCUGGAGGUACCCUGCGUCUGUUCGUCUCUGUUACUGGCCGGCCAACGCCAGUGGUGGCCUGGAGGAAGACCGGCGUGGAGCUGCAGAGCCGUGGCUACAUUGAGACGACUGACAGCUACACUUCACUGUUGGUGGAGAAGGUUAAUCGUUAUGACUCUGGAAAAUAUGUUGUAGAAGCAGAAAACCCAUCUGGCAAGAAGACCGCCACCAUCCUUGUUAAAGUCUACGACACUCCCGGUCCUCCAGGUUCAGUGAAGGUGAAGGACUACACCAAAGAAUCAGUUGUGAUCAUCUGGGACGUCCCAAGCAUCGACGGUGGUGCUCAUGUCAGCAACUACAUUGUGGAGAAGCGUGAAGCCAACAUGAAAUCUUACAAGACCGUUACCACUGAGUGUAGGAAGACCCUGUUGAGGAUCACUGGUUUGGAGGAGGGUGUGCACUACUUCUUCAGGGUCCUGCCAGAGAACAUCUAUGGUGUCGGGGAGCCCUGUGAGACGACCGAGGCUGUGCUGGUGUGUGAAGUACCGUCAGUGCCCUUGGACCUUCAAAUUGUUGACGUCACCAAGUCGACCGCCACUCUAAAAUGGGAGAAACCGUUCUACGACGGUGGCAGCAGGUUGACGGGCUACAUCAUAGAGGCCUGCAAGGUGGGCUCGGACAGGUGGAGUGCAGUGGCGACUGUCAAGGCCUCAGCCUCCCAGCACACCAUCCAGUCCCUGACAGAGAACGACCAGUACCUGUUCAGGAUCCGGGCCACAAACAGCAGGGGAGCCAGCGAGCCCAUGGACACCGUCACUCCUGUCGUAAUCCACGAUAUCAAGAUAAUGCCCAAGAUCGACUUGACCAACAUCCCUCAGAAGAUUGUUCACGUGCACCGCGGCAAGCCCAUCGACCUCAACAUCCCCAUAAAGGCCAAACCACAGCCCGUCUGCUCCUGGUUCUUCGGUGGUGUGAAGCUGAAGGACAGCUUGGACCGCAUCAAGAUUGACAGCAAUGGCAAAUAUACCCAUCUCGUCAUCCGCGAGACCACCAUCAAUGACACAGGAGACUACACCCUAGAAGUGAAGAAUGCUCUUGGUGUGGCAACAGAGGUUAUCAAGGUCAUCAUCCUCGACAAACCCGGUAUCCCAGUUGGUCCAAUGAAGAUCGAAGAGGUUGAUGGCGCGUCUGUGGCGGUGAGCUGGGAACCUCCAGAGAAGGACGGCGGCGCCAACAUCGGCGGCUACGUGGUCGAGCAGCGUGACGCCCACCGGCCUGGCUGGAGGACGGUCUCUGAAUCGGUGACCAGACCCUGCUUCAAGUUCACUAGGCUCUCAGAGGGAACAGAGUACGUGUUCCGAGUUGCUGCCAUGAAUCGCUUUGGCAUUGGUGGUUUCCUGCAGUCCGAGGUGGUGGAGUGCAAGAGCGCCAAGACCAUUCCUGGACCUCCAAGCAGGCCAGAACUGCUUGAUGUUACCCAUGAGGGUAUGACCCUGACCUGGCAACCACCCGAGGAUAAUGGUGGCUCUACCAUUGCUGGCUACAUCAUUGAACGUAAAGAGGCCCGUUCUGACAGGUGGAUGAGGAUCAACAAGAACCCUGUCACCAUGACCAGGUACCGUUCCUCCGGACUCAUCGAGGGCCUGGAGUAUGAACACCGUGUCACUGCCAUCAACUCUAGAGGAGCCGGCAAACCCAGCGAGAGCUCCGCCAUCACUGUCGCCAUGGACCCGAUCGAACCUCCAGGUCCUCCAGUUCAGCCCAGAGUCACCGACACUACCAGGACUUCUGUGUCUUUAGCUUGGCUGCCACCUGAAGAGGAGGGUGGUUCAAUCAUCACUGGUUACUUGAUAGAGAUGCAGAAGGUAGACCAGGUGGAAUGGACACUGUGCAACACCACACCCACCAAGCUGUGCGAGUACACCCUCACCCACAUGCCACAGGGCGCUGAGUACAAGUUCAGGGUCAUCGCCUGCAACGCUGGUGGUUCAGGAGAGCCUGCUGAGAUUCCUGCUGUGGUUAAAGUCCAGGAGAUGCUUGGUUAUCCUGAUUAUGAGCUUGAUCGUAAAUAUGAGGAGGGUUAUGUGGUGCGCCAGGGUGGAGUGAUCCAUCUGUCUGUACCCAUUAAGGGUAAACCAAUCCCUAUAUGCAAGUGGACCAAAGAUGGCCGUGACAUCUCCCAUCGUGCCAUGAUUGCCACCCAUGACGACAUCACAGAAUUGGUCAUCAAGGAGGCACACAAAGACGACACUGGCACCUACGACUUGGUGCUGGAGAACAAAUGUGGCAGGAAGGCUGUGUACAUCAAGGUGAAGGUGAUUGGUCGCCCUGAUGCCCCAGAAGGCCCUCUGGAAUUUGAUGACAUUCAGGCCAGAUCAGUCCGUGUGAGCUGGAGGUCGCCAUCAGAUGACGGCGGCUCUGAUGUUCUCGGCUACAUUGUGGAAAGGCGUGAGGUACCCAAAGCUGCCUGGUAUACAGUAGAUGCUCGGGUGACUGAGACCUCUCUGGUGGUGAAGGGCUUAAAGGAGAAUGUGCAGUACCACUUCAAGGUCUCUGCUGAGAACCAGUUUGGUGUCAGCCGGUCUCUCAAGUCUGAUGAGGCAGUCACACCAAAAACACCUCUUUGCCCGCCAGAACCUCCCAGCAACCCACCAGAAAUCAUGGACGUGACCAAGACCACUGUGUCUCUCUCCUGGGCCCGACCCCGGGAUGAUGGAGGCUCUCGUGUCACAGGAUAUUAUGUGGAAAGAAGGGAGGUGUCGACAGAGAAAUGGGUCCGCCACAACAAGACCCAUAUCACCACCACCAUGUACAAUGUCACCGGUCUCAUCCCUGAUGCAGAGUAUAUGUUCAGAGUGGUGGCUCAGAACGACAUUGGCCAGAGUGAACCCGGUCCUGCUUCAGAGGCUGUGGUCUGCAAAGAUCCAUUUGACAAACCUAGCCAGCCAGGAGAGAUCGACAUCAUCUCAGUCACCAAAGACUGCAUCACAAUACACUGGCUCAGACCUGAGCAUGAUGGUGGCAAAGAAAUUCUGGGUUACUGGAUUGAGUUCAGGGAGGCCGGAGAGAGCUCCUGGAAGAAAUGCAACAAGGAGCGCUCUAAGGAUCGCCAGUUCACCAUGGGCGGCCUAAUGGAGGCUACCGAGUACGAGUUCAGAAUCUUCGCUGAGAAUGAAACUGGACUUAGUCGACCACGUCGCACUCCCAUGGGCAUCAAGACUAAACUGAGCGUUGGUGAGGCUCCAGCUUUGAAGGAUGAAAUCCAAGACGUAACCACCAAACUUGGCGAGUCUGGCACUCUGACCUGUGGCAUCAUUGGUCGACCACUGCCUGAGAUCAAGUGGUACAGAUACGGCAAGGAACUGAUCCAGAGCCGCAAGUACAAGAUGAGUUCAGAUGGCCGCAACCACUCGCUUAGCAUCCUGACUGACGAACAGGAAGAUGAGGGCCUGUACACCUGCAGAGCCAUCAACGAGGCUGGAGAGAUUGAGACCAGUGGUAAACUGCGCUUGCAAGCACCACCCCAGUUCCACCCUGGGUUCCCCCUGAAGGAGAAAUACUUUGCCGGUGCUGGCACCAGUCUCCGUCUUCAUGUCGUAUACAUUGGUCGCCCCAUUCCACAAAUCAUGUGGUUCUAUGGCAAGAAGCCUCUAAAUUCAUCUGAGAAUGUGAUCAUUGAAAACACAGAAAGCUACACCCACCUGGUGGUGAGGAAUGUCCAGAGAAAAACCAAUGCUGGACGCUACAAGGUGCAGCUCAGUAAUGUCUUUGGAACUAUCGACACUGUGCUACGUGUUGAAAUCCAAGACAAACCUUGCAUCCCUGAGGGCCCUGUGGUUGUUGAUGCCCUGCUGAAGAGCUCAGUUAUCAUCAGUUGGAAGGCUCCCAAGGAUGACGGAGGAUCCAUGAUCACCAACUACAUUGUGGAGAAACGUGAAGCCAAAGAAGGCGAGCAGUGGCACCUUGUGUCCUCAUCCGUCUCUGGUACCACCUGCCGAGUCCCCAACCUGAUAGAGAGCGCUGGCUACUAUUUCAGAGUGUCUGCACAGAACCAGUAUGGAGUCAGCGAGCCUCUGGAGAUCCCAUCGGUGGUCAUCGUCAAGAGUCCAUUUGAAAAACCUGGAAUUCCACAACAGCCCUUCAUUAUCAGCUCCACCAAAGACUCCUGCGUUGUCUCCUGGAAGCCUCCGAGCAGCGAUGGUGGAGCUAAGAUCACCAGCUACUACCUGGAAAAGCGUGAAAAGAAGCAGAACAAGUGGAUGACAGUAACCUCUAAGAAGUUUGUGGAAACCAACUAUGAGGUCACAGGCUUGAUCGAGGGCUUUGAAUAUGAGUUCCGUGUCAAAUGUGAGAACAUGGGUGGCGAGAGCGACUGGAGUGAGAUCUCUGCACCAAUCAUCCCCAAGUCCGACCAGGCUCCUCGUGCUCCUGUAUUCAGAGAGGAGAUCAGAGACAUGACGGUCAAAUUCCACUCAAAUGCCACCUUUGUCACCAAGGUGGUGGGCUAUCCAAAGCCUGUGGUGAAAUGGUACCGCAGUGGAAAGGAGAUCAUGGCAGAUGGAACCAAGAUCAAAGCCCAAGAGUUCAAGGGAGGCUACUACCAGCUGGUCAUCACUUCCGCUGACGAGAGUGAUGCCUCGGUUUACCAGAUCAGAGCAACCAACUCUACAGGAUCCAUAUCUGCGACAGCCAACCUGGAGGUGGAAGUCCCUGCAAAGAUCCAUCUACCUAAAGAGCUCCAGGGAAUGGGAGCCGUCCACGCAGUGCGUGGUGAUCACAUCACCAUCAAAAUCCCCAUUUCUGGCAAACCUGAGCCAGCUAUCACUUGGCAGAAGGGCCAGGAGAUCCUCUCCAACUCUGCUUAUCACCAAGUCAUCACCACCAGGUCUUUCACUUCCCUGGUCUUCCAGAAGGGAGUACAGAGGAAGGACACUGGUUACUACAGUAUCACUGCAAAGAAUCGAUUCGGAACAGACAAGCAAACCAUUGAGGUGGCUGUGGCUGACAUUCCCGAAGCUCCAAAGGGACUUGUGGUCAGUGAAAUUGCAAGGGAUUCUAUAACCCUGACCUGGGAGCCCCCUGCCAGUGAUGGUGGAAGCGACAUUAUAAAUUACAUCGUGGAGAAGUGUCCCACCACUGCUGACAGGUGGAUCCGUGCUGGACAUACCACUGACUGCAGUAUCACCAUCAUCAAUAUAUUUGGAAAGACCAAAUACCAGUUCCGUGUUAUUGCAGAGAACCAGUUUGGACUCAGUCCUCCCUCUGCACCAACUGAGCCCAUCACCACGAAGGAAGACAAGUCAGUGAUUAGGAACUACGAUGAGGAAGUGGAUGAAGCCCGAGAGAUCACCAAAGAUGAAGCCCUAUUUUACAAGGUGAAGGAGCUGUCCUCCAAGUAUGUCAUCUCUGAGGAGCUUGCCCGUUGCCAGUUUGGAGCAGUCCACCGUUGUGUGGAGAUUGCCACCAAAAAGACCUUCAUGGCCAAGUUUAUCAAGGUCAGAGGUACCGACCGUGAGUUAGUUCUCAGAGAAAUUGAGGCUCUUAAUGUUGCAAGGCACAAGAAUAUCAUCUACCUGCAUGAAUACUUUGAAAGCAUGGAGGAGAUCAUCCUGAUCUUUGAAUUCAUCUCUGGAGUUGACAUCUUUGAGCGCCUAGGCACCAGCAACUUUGAGCUCACAGAACAAGAAAUUGUCCGAUACCUCAGACAAGUCUGUUCCGCUCUCAAGUUCUUGCACAGCCACAACUUUGGCCACUUUGAUAUCCGUCCAGACAACAUUGUCUACACCACAAGGAGAAGUACCAAUGUAAAGAUCAUUGAGAUGGGUCAGGCUAGGCUAAUGGUGCCGGGGGAAAACAUCAGAAUGCUCUUUUCAGCUCCAGAGUACUGUGCCCCAGAGGUUCACCGCCAUGACCUGGUUACUACAGCCACUGACAUGUGGUCUGUUGGUGUUAUGGCAUAUGUUCUACUCAGUGGCCUUAACCCAUUCGCAGCAGAGUCCACAACAAAGAUGAUUGAAAACAUCUCCAGCUGUGAGUAUGUCUUUAACAGUGAAGCCUUUAAGGACAUCAGCCUGGAGGCUAUGGACUUUGUGGACAGACUUCUUGUCAAGGACAGGAAGCUCCGUAUGACCGCCCAUGAGGCCCUGGAACACCCAUGGCUCAGGACAAAGAUCGAACACAUCAGCAAUAAGGUCAUUAAGACACUGAGACACAGACGGUACUAUCAGACUCUAGUGAAGAAAACUGAUACUAUCGUAUCUGCAGCCCGUGUUGCAUACGGCGGUGCCUUCAAGAACCAAAGAGGUUUGGCUGUGGGUAAAGUGAAGAUUGGAACUGAGUACCAUGGCAUACGUGCUGGUCCAGUCAUGCAUGGCUCAGCUGAGGAAGGUGGCCAUGUCAGAUUCACUUGUUUCAUCGCCAACUAUGACAAGAGUACACAGGUUACCUGGUACUUCGGUAACCGCCAGCUACUCCCCAGCACCAAGUAUGAAAUUACUUACAGCAACGGCUUUGCCAGCAUCUACGUGAAGGACAUAGAAGAAAGUGAUGAUGGUGUAUACAGAUGCAAAGUGGUGAGUGAUGAUGGAGAGGACAGUGCUUAUGGAGAGCUCUUUGUUGAGACAGUGAGGAGCAUCAGAGAGCAUUACAUAAGCCGCUCCAUCAAGAAGCUGAGGAGGAGAGUUGACAGAACUAGACUCCUGCAGAGACCACCAGAGUUCACCUUGCCUCUCUACAACUGCACCUCCUACAUUGGAGAAGAUGUGCGCUUCGGUGUCACCAUCACCGUGCACCCAGAGCCUCAUGUAAUGUGGCUUAAGAAUGGUGAGAGAAUUAAGGCGGGUGAUGACGACAGCAAGUACACGUUCACCAGUGAUAAGGGUCUGUACCAGCUCAUGAUCCACAACCUGGAUAUGAACGAUGAUGCCGAAUACACCGUCAUGGCCCACAACAAAUUCGGAGAAGACAGCUGCCAGGCCCGUCUCACUGUGGUACCACAUCCUGUGGUGGAGGAAACAAUGAGGCCCAUGUUCAAACGUCUGCUCGCUAAUGCUGAGGUCACUGAGGGAGAUAGUGUCCGGUUUGAGCUCAGAGUCUCAGGAAUCCCAACUCCUGCUCUCAAAUGGGAAAAGGACGGACACCCGCUACAGUUUGGUCCCAAGGUUGUUGUCGUACAGGAGGACGUUGACUAUCAUGUCCUUCACGUCAGAGAGACUCUGCUUGAGGACUCUGGUGUGUACAAAGUUACUGCAACCAAUUCUGCCGGCUCGGCAAGCUGCCAGGCUAUGCUGAAGGUGGACCGCCUCACCUACACCAGGAGAGAGUACAAGAGUGAGGAGGAGAAAUUCAGACAUGUACAGAAACAAAUCGAGAAGACUAACAAGAUGGCUCAGCAAAUUGUUGCCACUGAAGAGGUUGUAUCUUUUAACCCCACGGCACAGGAGGCUCUCAAAUUUGCUGCAGAGAUGUACAAGCCUGCAGUGAGCACCAAGAACGUUGAAGGUGAAUUCGACAUCACGGUGGAGAAGUCAGAAACCAAGAAGCUGGAGGAGGAGAGGAGAAUCUUUAUGCCGUACGAGAUUCCUGAACGCGUGGUUCAUGACCCCAGAGAUCUGGAUGAAGACAAAGCUAUCAAACAGUUUGUGCCUCUGUCAGACAUGAAGUGGUACAGAAAGCUGAGAGAUCAGUAUGAGAUUCCAGAGAAGAUGGAGAAGAUUGUGCAGAAGAGGCAGAGGCGUAUUCGUCUCUCCAGGUGGGAGCAGUUCUACGUCAUGCCCCUCCCUAGAAUCACUGACCAGUACAGACCGAGGUGGCGAAUUCCCAAACUCACUCUGGAUGAUCUGGAGACAGUCAGACCUGCACGUCGCUCACCAUCUCCAGAAUCUGAGAUCUCCUUCAGAUCCAGGAGAAGAUCUCUGGGAGACCUUAGUGAUGAGGAGCUGCUGAUGCCCGUGGACGACUACCUGUCCAUGAGGAGAACAGAGGAGGAAAAAAUGAUGCUGGAGGAUGAACUGGAGCUUGGCUUUUCUGCUUCUCCUGCUGGCAGCCCUGUACGCAUUCAGCGGCGUGCCGUUGAACGUGAGGAGAGGAGGCAGGAAGUGAAGCACGAGGCCGUUGAAGUUUCUGAAACAAAGAAGAAACGCACCAUUUCUCAGUUUAUGAGGAGGAGAAGGUCUCUGUCUCCCACUUACAUCGAGCUGAUGCGUCCAGUCUCAGAACUGAUCAGACCUCCUCGUGCCAGACCUCCAUUGGAAGUAGAGGGGGCGGUCGUGGAGAGGAGGUCCCCCACCCCAGAGAGGACCCGCCCACGGUCUCCCAGUCCAAUCAGAUCAGUGGAGAGGUUGUCCCGCUCCUCCUCAAGGUUUGAGCGGUCCGCACGUUUUGACAUCAUGUCCCGCUAUGAGGCUAGAAAAGCUGCUCUGAAGUCUGAGAGGAAGUAUCAGGUGGUCAGUCAGACGCCUUUCAGCCUGGACCACGCUCCUCGUGUCACGGUCAGAAUGCGCUCACAUCGUAUCCCCAUUGGUCAAGAUACCAAAUUCACCCUGAACAUCCAAGCCAAGCCAGAAGCCGAAGUCACCUGGUUCCAUAAUGGAGCUGCCAUCUCUGAAAGCAGCGAGAAAUACAUCUUCACCAACAUGAGCGGUGUCCUGUCCAUCACUAUUUUGGACUGUCAAGAAGAGGACAGUGGCACAUACCGCUGUGUAUUCACCAAUGCCAAGGGAGAGGCUUCAGACUACGCUACCCUGGAGGUUUCAGGUGGCGGCUACACCACUUUCUCCUCUCGCCGCAAGGAUGAGGAUGCUCCCAAAGCAUAUGUGCCAGAAGUCACUCGAGUUGACCACUAUCACACCACACACUUCAAAGCUGGCUACGCCUCUCAGACCCACUUCCAGGUGGAAGAGACCAAGUCAAAGAUGACGGAAACGCAUGAACGAUACGGCGCCUCUGCUGAGAGGUUCUCCUCUGCUGAGAGGUUCUCCUCUGCUGAGAGGUUCUCCUCUGCUGAGAGGUAUGAAUCAUCUGUCAAGUAUGCCUCGACUGAAUACCUGUCAUCUAGUUCCUCCUAUUCAUCAGACAAGUUCUCUGCAACUGAGAAACAAACCAGUGCAUUAUCUGAAGCUAAACUGAAAUCAUCUUCUGCUGCUGUAACUGAGGAAACGUCUGUCCGCAAGGUUAAACCAUCUCUUCCAGCCAAAAUCCUCACCAAGCCACAGUCCGUGACAGUCGCAGAGGGAGACACAGCCAGAUUCUCCUGUGAUAUUGAUGGGGAACCUGCACCCACUGUAACUUGGAUGCAUCAGAGCACAACCCUUGUCUCAACUCACAACAUCCAGGUCACCACGACUCAGUACAAAUCCAGUCUGGAGAUCUCCUCUGUGACAGCCUUGCAUGAGGGCAGUUACACUGUGGUGGUUGAGAACUCAGCAGGCCGACAGGAAGCUCACUUCACUUUGACCAUUCGCAAAGCAGCUCCUGCAGUGGAGGUCAAGGCAGUCAAAUCCACUGAGCCUUCAGUCACAUCACCUGCUCCCAGUGUGAAGUCACCAGAACCCAGCAUCAAGUCCCCCGAGCCUUCAGUUAAAUCUCCAGCUCCAAGCGUUAAAUCCCCUGAACCCAGUGUAACAUCUCCUGCACCAAGUGUGAAGUCACCGACACCAAGUGUGAAAUCACCGACACCAAGUGUGACGUCACCAACACCAAGUGUGAAGUCUCCUGAACCGGAGGGGAUUAAAUCUCCCAGGAGCAUGAAAUCACCUGAGCCAGCUGCACCAUCUCCAGCACCAGGCAUAAAAUCAUCAGGUGUUAAAUCUCCUGAACCGGAGGGAAUUAAAUCACCUCGUGGUCUAAAGUCUCCUGAACCCAGACUCAAGUCACCACCACGAGUUAAGUCUCCAGAACCCGAAGAAGUAAAAUCACCUCGAGGUGUAAAAUCUCCAGAACCUGCAGGAAUCAAAACACCAAGAGGUCUUAAGUCACCAGAACCUGUUGGAGUCAAAACCCCAAAAGGCAUCAAGUCCCCAGAGCCAUCCGGCAUUAAAUCUCCGAGGGCCUUGAAGUCCCCUGAGCCAGAGGGAAUCAAAUCCCCUACAAGGAUGAAGUCUCCUCCUCCCAUAAUGUCCCCCAAGAGGGUAGUGUCCCCACCCACUGUAAAAUCCCCGAUCCCUAAACCUCCCAAGGUCCUGAGUCAGCUGACAGCGGAGGCCUACGAGGGCUCGGUGAGAAUGAUCUGCGUUUGUGAGAGCAGCGUCAGGGAGGUGGUGUGGUACAUGAACGGAAGGAGGCUUUCACAGAGCAGCCGCUUCCAGAUGCACUACUCCGAGGGCUCCUGCAGCCUCCUGAUCCACGACCUGAUAGACAGCGAUCAGGGAGAGUACAUCUGUGAAAUGACUUCGGAUGGAGGCGUGUCCAAAUCCACCUUCUCCUUCACUGGACAGGUGUUUCAGUCCAUACGUAAGAAGAUUACAGCCUACUGUGAGCAGCAAGUGGCACUCAAAGGAUCAGUGACGAUGAGCCGCAAAGAGGCGGCAGCGUCCGUGAGCUCAGCCAUGAUGAUGAAGAAAGAAAUCCACACAAUGGAGGAGUCUUCCUCCUUUUCUUCCUCUGCUCAGCAAUCGAUGAUGUCAUCCAUGAUGGAAUCGAGUGCCUUCAGCAGCAUGGCAGCCGAGAUGAAGUUUGAGACCAUGUCCAUGUCCAGCAUGUCCUCCAUGACAUCUGAGACAUACGCCAUGAGCUCCAGCAGCCUCACAGAGAUGUCCUCCCACAUGGAGGGAUCAUCAAUGAGAGCAGUUGGUUGUGCGCCGAGGAUCGAAGCUUUGCCCGAGGACAUCAGCAUCGAGCCGGGUAAAGUCCUGACCGUCACCUGCGCUUUCUCUGGUGACGCCAAACGCAUCGAGUGGUCUCGUGGUGGCAAAACCAUCGAGGUGACCUCCGGAGGACGCUUCCAUAUCGAGACCACCGAGGACCUGACCACCCUCAUCAUCACUGGGGUGAAGGAGGAAGAUGCUGGAAGCUACACCCUCAAACUGUCCAACGAGCUCGGAUCUGACACAGCCACUGUUCACAUUAGCAUUCGAUCGGUGUAAAAAAAAAAAAUUAUCUAACCUUCCAAACUUCCCCUUUUCCCAUCUUCCAUGACUUUUUAUUUAUUAAUUGAUCAAAAUAAUCUACUUGAUAAAGAUCUGGAUUUCUGUUCUUGUAAAUAUGAACUAUUUUUGUACCAAACUUGACAUUAAUUUAUGCCAAACUAGACUAAAGUCUAAAGUUGUUAUAAAAUGUGCCAUAUCUGUGACAUGUACAUAAUGUAUAUAGCCGAAUUUAACGGUUAUGGGAAAUGUAUGCAUUGUUAUUUAUGACAAUAAUAUUAACUGAAACUAAAUGAAACUGAAUGUGGUUUAGCAGGAGAAAGUCUCACGUGGGACGAAUACCCUGUUAAACUGAGAAACUAAAAACUGUGCCUCAACAAUAAGUUGAAGUCUAAGAUUGCCUCAACAGGUAGAGAGGCUCCCUGUUGAUGUUAACUCAAUCAGAGACAAAACUAUGAACGCACUGCAAGAAAGAGAGCGGUGCUUUUUCAUUGGAACGAGCAUGAGAUCCUGAGUGCUGUUUGCAUUUACCCUCAUGUAAGCAGCACGACUGGACCUCGUGCUCUGACGGAUUAUGUCAUAUCGCCAUUUCAAUGACAUGCUCACAGUGCGAGCGGCCUGCACUCCCUGAGCACAAGUGUUCUUUUUAUUUUUUUUGUGCUCUGCUUCUGGCAAACGACCACUCGCUCAGGCUCUGCAAUCGUACCAUCAACCUGGCCAAUAAAUGGGAGUCCUGUGUCCUGUGCUGGUUUGCAGAGGCAGAGCUGUCUCUCGGAGGUCUGCCGUGUGUUUCUGUGUUAGCUUUUAGUUCAACUGUCCGUCCAGCAGGGCGGCGCCGAGUCCACGCACCGCAGCCCAAACCAACGGCUGCCGCGGUCGAGGAGGAGAGGAGGCGUGGCGGCUGCCUUGCUCUUUGAUGUGAUUCAACUUAGAGUUGUAGACUAUUUUUCGCAGCCUCCUUGAGUUUUUCUCCAUCUAUUGAUUUAAUAAAGCAUGAUUGUCAGCACUA